GCAAUUGAGCUGAAGGGCAUUUCAUCUUAAGACCGAUGGCUGACCCUGUGCCAAUAAAACAAUGUUAAAACUGAACCAUUAGGUAAGUGUUCUCUGUCUACUCUACUCCUCUGCCAAAGCUUUCCCCGUCACUCUUGGCUGGCAUUUUUGAGAGCUUCAUGUUCACUAUGUUGCCAACUUCCACGCUCAGGCUUCUCUGAGCUGUAGAUAACACAAUUUGGGUAAACAAAUUUAGCUCUUAUUGCUUGUCACAUUGUUUUCACUACCUCAGAGUCAAAGAACAAAUCAAAGUACCCAUCAUUAACCACAUAUUGUAUUUAUAUUGAUUGCGUAUUCUAAUGAACUGCAAGUCAAUGAGCCUUUUAAUUGUUUUUGGUGUUAUGCACGAAGCAAAAUUAUGCUGUCUUUUAUUGUUCACUGGAGUUUAAUGUAAGGAUAGACUUUAAAAGGUAAGGUGACACUUUAUCUAUGCUGUGUUAUUUGGCUCCAUAGCAUUUGAUUGUGUACCGUUAGAUGUGAUAUUGCUGUGAUGUGGGUGGCAAAAUAUGUGAGCUUGCAAAUUCCAACCACGACUCCAACAAGCUUUUACUGUAAAAUGCCUCCUGGAAACAUCUGAUUCACACUUCCAUCAAUUUGGGUGAAACAAGCCUCAUCCUGAGGCAUAUUUAAUUUUUCAGUAAAAUCUGUUUUCAUAUAGUCGUUCUUUUGGUUUUGAGCCUUAUAAUAAUUCUUAGCAGUGGCAGUCUUUCCAUAAGACAAAUCCUUCUCAGAACAGCUCAGAAAACCUUGGCAAAAAUAACAUCAUCAUCCAUUUCAAGUGGAUGCUGGAGGCUUUCUUGGAACUUGUUUCACGGUUAUUUAUGGUGCGGCAUUCAAAUCAGAAAAAACAGUAAACAAUUAUUUGCCAAAUACUGCUUGUUGGAAGCCUGGCUCAAUAGCCUCUUUAGAUCUCUCUACAGAGAACAGCUUGUUUUUCCUCAUCUCUCUGUCUCUCUCAAGACCUCUAAUCCUUCUCCAUUGUCUCUCGGUGCUAGUUUAUGGAAAGGAAGGACGUGAACAGACAGGGAAAGCAGACACCAUAAUUUGAAAAUUAAAACCAGUGUUAAAAAUCCAAAAUUCGUCUUCUCUUCCAAAUCCUUUUCUCAUGUUCGAAUGAUACAGUGUGUUUUUGCUCUGUUACUCACUUUGUUGCAAUCUUUUUAAAAGGUAUGGAUGAGUAAUAAAUUCCAACUAUUUAAAUGCUCACAAAUAGCUUUGCAUGAUAUGACACAAACAUAUAUUCCUUUUUUUUUUUGCUUUACCUUAUUCCCCAGGGAUACAAGGAUUUCAUCUAAUCACAUCCUCAAGGCCCCACUAUUCUUAUUAUUACAGUAUGUGCACAGGCAGUUAUAUGAUUCACAGGGAUAAAGUGCUGCUUUUUUUUUCAUUGGAUUUGGAUUCUGUCAUGUCUCAAUUUAAAAUCAAGUACAAAAUUGUCUUAGGAAAUGAUGAGUGUUGUCAUUUAUAAUAAUCAACUUCAUUAUUCUCUCUCCAAAGACACUUUUUAAAGAUUUGUAUUGGUCAAGAACAAAUAAUUUAUUGAAUUACAACAUAAAUUAUAAUGUUUGCUAUAAGAAAUUUAAUGGUUGUAUUCAUUAUCAUUAAAAAAAAGAACUAGCAGACUAUAAUUAUGGCAAAGCUUAUCAUUAACAAAAACUUUUGAUAACUUUUCAAUUAAUUCAAAUUAGUUUGUGACAAAUAUUGGCUAUACAAAUUGUUUUAAUAAUAGAUGGUCAAAUAAAUGGUCUUAAUUCAUCAGUGGCUAAACUUUAUCACUGUCACAAUGAUAGAAUAUGUGCUCUAACAGAAAACUGCCAAUACCAAUUGCUCCAACAAAUGGCUAUUUUAUUAAAUUGAUAUUUAAUAAUAGCACAAUAAACAGUCAGGUUGAGGGGGACCUUUAGUUUGGGGUUGAUUUGGGUGCCUUCUGUAGACAGUGUUACCUCUUCUCUCUUUGCUUAUCUCAAAAUAAUUAUUCGCCUGCUAUGAUCACCAAAAUGUCAAUGAGCAUAUUUGCUGUGGAAAAAGUAAAAGGGAUGAAAACUCCUGAAACCUUGCUCUACCACCUUUACAGUGAUAGUCUUCAGAAAUACCGCCUGGACAAACCUCUAAACUCAACGAGGCAUCAGGCUACUGCUAAUAUCAGAAUGUUUCAGAACACAUGUGCUUUACUAUAUGCAUAGGGGAGAGAGGGGUAAGUUGAGCCACCUCCUGUUGCUUGGAAAUGGUAAAAGAAAUUGAUCAUGUGACCAAAUAUUUAGGAGAUGGGCAUCAAUUCAUGGAGUCUGUGAAGGUUAGAAGCACAUGGAUGGAGGGGUUCGACAUUUAUUUCUUGAAAUUCUUGAAAUUGAAUUAAGUCUGAAUUGUGUUCAGACCAAAAAAGAUCAUUUUAAAUUUGUUUUAUACAUCAAUUGUGGUAUCUAUGAGCGAAAACAUGAGGUCAAAAACCUAGCAUAAAAGUCCACCAUUUUAGCUUAGAGGACUAAUUAAGUCAUCAUAGUAGUUCUGGGGUAAGUUGAGCCAGUGGCUUAACUGAGAAAGUAAAGGAGUCUCAUGAGAGGAUCAGAGUUUCAGUUCAGAUUGUUGAAAUGUGUUACUUUUUCUUUUCAAAAACACAGCUGUGAAUAUUCUGAAUCACUUAAAGACAUUCUCAUGUUAAAAUAGUUCUUUACAAAACAGCUUUUUAGCACUUAUAUGCAAUAAUAAUAAUAAUAAAUAGUUGAAUAGUGUAAAUUGACCGUAGGAGACCACUUUUUUUGGCAUGCUGUAUUAUCAAAACGGUUCUGUUUACACUAAUUCUGUUGGUUUGCAGGGAUGCACAACAGCCUGAAAUAUAUGCAGAUACACUCGUUAGAGACAAAACUAUGAUUGCCUUGAUGUAGUGAUCCCAAAUAUGAAAAAUGGCUCAUCUUUCGCCACUCUUUUCAUACACAUUUUUAAGACUGUCGGCCUACUGGAGGAGUUGUUUGCUUGUUUCCACAACCAUCGGUCAAGCUGGCUCGGUCGCGUGACCUCAUACCACCCCGAAUGGCUAAAACUAUUCAAUAACUUUCACUUUCUUUGCGCAGCUAUGGUCAAAAUGUAACAAAUAUAUCGCUAAAAAUACAAUUCUGUAUCACUCAAAUGCAACAUAAACCAAAGACACUCAUCGCAUUUACAAAGCAUUACAGCUGCGAUGAUUUUCUCUUCACCUGCUGCCUCUGGUUUGGAGUCCUCGAGUGUUUCCUUGUCGAACUGGUUUUCUCUCUCCAACCUCUGUGUGUCUCUGCAGCUCUCACACACACUGGAGACUACAAGCAGGAAGUAGAAAAAAGAAGACGGACGCCUAUGAAAACAAGGAAGUAAACGCAGUCGGAUCGAAGUGUCCCCCUUAUUGCUGUAAAGUGACAGCAAUUCUGUCGACAGCUAUUUACAGAGCAUUAAAGCACUGAGGCUGCGCUACGGAAGUUAGCCGUCAAGCUAAUUAGUCCAGCUCUGACACCACUUAAUCUCUAUAGGGACAAAAAAAAAGGAAAAGCAGAAGGGAGAGAAGGCAUACACAAGUAAGUAAGUAGCCUACACUACAGUGAGUUUCAACCUGCUAAACCCCACAGGAUGACGGUAGUGUUUUUCCAGUGUUGUUGUGUGAGGAAGAGGUUGUGUGUGAGUCAGAGACAGAAAUACCACAGAGGUGUUGGGGAAAGGGGAGGGGGUCUGUGUAUUACAGCUCUUUUUCUACCGGUUGUUUGUGUCAGCAGUGGGAAAGAGUACACAAACAGAGCUCAGGAGAGGAAGGCUCCAGGAGAAAAUAAAAAAGAAGUCUCCUUAUGUGUGUCUGUGCACAGCAGUCUCUCCACAUUCUUUCAGGUUCACUCCUGCAAAAGUGGAGGGGAGGAGGGAAAAAGAGGAGGAAGGGAGAAACAAGGCAUGAAAAGGUCAAGGCCUGGUGACAUGCUAAGGGAGGUGAAAGUUGGAGUGCGGGGGUGUGCGGUCAGGGCAGAAGUGCAGCAGUUCACACUCAGCACGUUUAGUUUGUGAGGCAGUAAACAAACUGUGUUUGCAUACAAAGACAGUCUAAAGACUGCAGAUGGGAUCCUCCUGUUACCAUAGCUUGUGUCAUGGUGUUUCCUCCUGUGGACUUGUGCUGCAUUCCAGUUGUACUCGGAAGUUGGGACAGUGCGUUAACAGUAAAGAAUAACAGUACAAGCUCUCGUAAUGUAUUAUUUAUUAGCACUUCUGUUUUGUUUUUGUGAAAUUAAAAAAGUGGUAUAUGUUGUACUGCCGAACGUCUACUUGUGAACACGGUGCUAUGGUGUUUGUAAGAGUAAAAUACUGUGUUAUGGGUUGUUUACAACUGAUAUCGCUAACAACAACUAACAUCAGCUAACGACAGAUGACAAUUGUAAACAACAGCUAACAACGGGUAACUGUAGGCAUCCAUCUUGGUUUUCUGACUUGUUAACUGGAACACCAUCAACUCGGGUUUAACGUCAUUCCCAGCUCUGACAUCUGACUUCCGAGGUAACUGGAACGCAGCAUAAGGCUCCCUCCAUACAUCAUCUGUUGUGGGAAAAUUGUAGCUAUCAGAUGAGAUUAGUCCCAAGGAGCUUGGACUUUCCCCAGCGUAAAUUUUAGAGCUGUUCACAGAAGGUCACGGCUAUUAAUAACCUGUUCUCUCCUCUGUUUGUCUCCUACAAGACUUACUCCUCUUAUCCCCAGAAUUAUCAGCCACCAUGGACCACAAAGGGGAACCCCAGGAAGGAGCUAUGGGGCUGAAACUGGAGGAGCUGCCGCAGAUGGAUGGGUCAUGUGAUGCGUGUGAGCCUGACGAGGCCCAGCCGGCCACACAAGUUUGCCACACCUGCGGUUUCGCCUUCUGCCCUGUCCAUGCUGACAGACAUGCCACAAGCACACAUCACCCGCUAAUGCCUUAUAACCAUGAGGGGGCUCAAGCUAAUGGACUUGGCAGAAACAGAGACUCCAAUAGAGUUGAAGGUGAAGAAGAGGAUGCGGGUGCAAAAGGGGCUGCAGGAGUAGGUGCAGAUCAAGAAAUGGAACUGCUUGGAGUUGCAAUGGCUAAUGCAGGCGUGCAUGGUGGUGAUGCUGGGAAUAAAGAUGUACCGAUGGAGGCAGAGCUUGGUGAUGAAGCAGAGGGUGCAGAGGCAGGGCAGGAAGCUGCUGGAGAGGCGGGCAAGAGAGACACAGUGACAGUAGAGAGGCUGCGCUGCAAAGAGCACGGACAGGAAGGCUCCCUCUACUGCAAACCAGACGAGAAGAUAAUCUGUGUAGUGUGUGCGGUGCAAGGCGAGCACAAAGAGCAUGAGAUCAUCACGCUGCAUGAGGCCUAUGUGUGGCAGAAGGUUAGUGGGACACAACAGACAGGACAGCUCUGUUUGAUUUGGUUUAUCCCCUCUAAUGGGCUUUAUUACAAUACUAUGCUCCACAAAAUGUGCACUCUUGUAACGUAUAGCAUUAUGUAUUCAGAUCAUCGCCUAUCCGGUUUGCAUUUCUAAUUCAGCAUUAAGUAGUAUGCCAAUAGCCAAAGGCCGUGUAGUCUGUAAGUCAACUCACCAGGGCUCAGUGAGAGCUGUGUGUGAUAUUUUAAACCUAACAAUGUCUUGUGAUUCCCUGGUGUCAUUAUAAAAUUUAUUCAGUUCCACUGUUUGAUGAAUAACUUAUGUCAGUAAAAGGUAGAUUAAAUUUAAACAUUAUAUACAUAUGUACUUGGCUUGAUGUCUACCCCCAUUUCCCAGAUGUCUCUCUGUUCCCAGCGGAUUUAGAAUGUCCAGGGACUAACCAGUCGCUCAUUACAGCAAUGCAGGCGGUCCAGUAAGCUGCAGAAUUUCUCCACCAUGAUUACUGUCAUCAGUUCUGCACGGCAUACCGUUUGGGAUGAUUACAGCAUCAUUUAGUGUCUGAUGUUAUCAGGACACUGAACACAUUCGGACCGUGUUAUUGCACAGAGGACCAAUUAACAGGGUGUGAUAGCAUCAGAAAACAUGACUUAGCUUUGGAUUAAUAUUUUGAACAGACAAGGGUUUUGUUUGGGAACACUAAAAUAAACUGGAACAGAAAAAAAAAUCUCAGCAAAGGCCUCAUUUAAAAAUGUUCUCCAAAAGAAGAUGCAUUUAGCUCUGGUAGUAAUGACCCUCAUUGUGUGCUGGCUGCAAAUUGCAAUCUAUCCUCUGCCCUGUGGCUGUGCAUCAGAAAACCAAAGUAGAGCGGCACGCUUCACUGGCUCACUCUUACAUCACAGCCGCAUGUAGAUUGAUGGGAAACAAAGGGGUCACACAGACACAGCAGACAUUUUCAGCCUAAGGCCACAUUGUUUACUCUAAACUCUGUCUGGUUUCUAUCAUGCGUCCCGUGUCAGUGUAUUAAUGCUCAUCUGUAGUAUGAGUGAUAUGCUUUCAUGCUGCUCUGACAUUGCGCUGAGCAUGACAAACUCCAUUAGAAGAACUGUAGCCUGUGGUUGACUGGUAAGCUAUCAAGGAUGUAAAAUGCCCAUUCUUGUGUGUAAACAUUGUCCAGAAGGGCUACGAAGAUAUUCACUGUUCUGUCAGUGUGCACAGUCUUUGCACUCAAUGAAGAACUUUUUAGGACGCUAUUGCUUCAUGUAACAACUAAUUUGGGAUUGUAUUGUUUAUUAUAGCAACAAUUAUAUGAAGUGUCUGGAGCACAGGAGGUGACAUAAACUUUUUUUAAUUUGCAUGUGCGAUUUGGUAUCUUGCACGUGCGUUUUAUUAUAUCGCAGGUGCAAUUUAACUGUUCGUUAAUAAACAAAAUCACUUCCUGCAAGGCAUAAUAUCCCUGACGGCAAAGUUGCUGUGCUUUAAGGAUCCUGAUGAGGUGUCUCCUACUCAAAACAAUACCAAAUGUGGCAAAGCUAUGAAGUACCUCUUUGUGAGUCAAUCCUCAAUGAAAGGACAUAUUGAUAAUAUGCUCUCUGUUCAUGACACUGUCCUUCUCUCACAAUUGAGGCACGCAGAGGAUUAUUUACAAAAAUGCAUGCGCAAGAUACGUAUGAAAGGCACGUUCGAGAUACUAAAUUGCAUGUGCGAAUUUUAAGAAAAAAGUUAAUGUCACCUUCCAGGCUCUGUAGAAGUGUGAUAAGUAAACACCAAAGCAUUAUUUUGACUUUUAUCUGAAAAUUAAGCCUGACCUGUAUCCCCUGGCUUUCAUCAACCUGUUAGAUGUAUGCAUGCUGAGUGAAUAAGGUAUAUUUUUCCACUUGUAGCUGUAACUUUAGGCUUUUACAAUAUGUUGCAAAUACUAACAUGGAUCCCAUUAUCAAUGAAAUUCAAGCCCUAAUUUUGCAGCCUUAGUUACGUGAUUGUAUGAGACACAGAAACAGAAUCAUUUAUGAGUUCCAUUUGAAACUUUGUUGUCUUGACUGUCUGUUUGUUUGCUCCACCUGUAUAGAGCAGACAGGGUCAUGACCUGCUGGGCUGCACACAACAGAUGGCGGAGAAGAUCAAGACAAAGUGGACAAACCCUGAGGUGAGACCAGACUCCUGCAUACAGAUCAUCUUGUUCAAUGCUUCAGCUUGACAGACACUUUUAGAAAACCUUUCCUGAAAAAUCGAGUCUAGACUGCUUUAAAUUGGUCACUGGUUUUAACCGAUUCAUAUGAAAUGAAAUGAAAAAUGUUCAGCAGCAAUAAAAGACAGAUUUGACCUCCAUGUAAGGAAUGAUAGCACACCAUGUGCACAGUGGAAUAGUGAUUAUUAUGUUAUUGAUGUCAUAGUUUGAAUUAUUUUGCUGAUCCCCCUUCUGCAAAAACUAUGUCCUGGUGCUGUGUAGAGAUGUUGACAGCCUCUUUAAGCGUUUCAGACAAACUUAAAUGAGCAUUACCAAACAUGGACAGUAACAGCAGAGUUGUAGUUGAUAAGUUGCACAUUAUGUUAUUUUUCUUGAUUCAUUUCAAUCUAAUAAGCUCUGGUUAUAUAUGUUUUAGUUGCUUGAGGUUUUGUAGGUAUUGGCUCAGGGAUAUCCCCAGCUAAUGAUUGUCAUGUACUCGAGGACUUGUAUAUCUGGUAGAGAUGCACCAAUCCAUUUUUUUUCCGAUCCAGUCUGAUACCAAUACCUGGGCUGAGCAUAUCAGCUGAUAUCUGAUACUGAUCCAAAACUACUGUUGAAUGAAUGAAUGAAUGAAUGAACUGUAUACCUUGCCCUGUGAGUGAAGGCAUCAGGCUUGACAUUAGUCUUUUUUUUAAAAAAGGAAACAAAUUAACACAGAUAUAAAUUUACUGAAUAUUAUUUAUUAACAAUUAACAAAUAACAAAUUGCACAUUAGCACACAGCAAGAAGAAGUAAGACUUCCAUGUAAACAUUUAGUGCAAAAGGACAGACAGACAGACAUAUAUGGAGCGAACAGAAUCACUGUGUUGCUGUGUAUGAUAUUAAUUAAAAGAAAAAAAAGAAUGGAUUGGAGUGCUGGAUCGGCGUCAUUCAUCAGAUAUCCGGUCCAGUUAAUUUGUCAGUAUCUGAGCCGAUAUCUGAUCCGAAUAUCAAAUCGGUGCAUCACUAAUAUUUGGCUGGAUCGCUGUUUGUAAGAAUACAACUCGUGUUGUGGUUUGCUUCAUCUGUAGUGAUCUAAACCAGUGGUCUCAAGUCCAGUCCUCGAGGCCCACUGUCCUGCAUGUUUUGGAUGUUUUCCUGCUCCAACACACCUGAUUCAAAUGAUCAGCUCGUUAUUAAGCCAUUACAGAGCUUGAUAACGAGCUGAUCAUUUGAAUCAGGUGUGUUGGAGCAGGGAAACAUCCAGAACAUGCAGGACAGUGGGCCUUGAGGACUGGACUUGAGAACCACUGAUUCCAGACAGUAACACUAACUGAGUAUAUAUAACAGGCUUGCAGGCUCCUCUGACCUUCUUCAAACUUCCAGUGGUUCUCUGGUGCUAACCACAGUCAGUAAACAUCCUACUAUGGUGCAAUGGUUUGCUUCUAUCCACUUGAUGUUUACUAUUCACCUCUGUUUGAUGCUUGAGCAAUUCCACCCACUGGAUUUUGACAAUGUUUACCUAAUUGAACUAAUCAAAUGCACGGUGCUUGAAAAAUUAUGAUGAUUUAAUCAGGUUGAUUUUAGCGGCAUGUCAGGACAAGACUGAAAGAAGGCAAUUCAAAUUUGCGUUUAUCACAACCCUCUCCAUUUCUAACAACACUCUCAUGACUUCAUAACUGCGAGUUUCUCUGCAGCAAGGUCAGCAGAAUCUGAUUCAAUCCUAAUUUAUUUAUCAAGCACAUUAAAAACAACAGAAUUUGACCAAAUUGCUUUACAGUGUAGCAUAAAAAAGCAUAAAAAUAUAAACAACAAAAAACAAAGAAGCUUAUAAAAGCAUAAAAACAACACAGUAAAACAGCCUGGUCCGCAUAUAACAACAGGAGCAUCAAAUAAUAAACGGCAUUGAGACCAAUUUGACAGGUAAAGAUUACAGCCACCUCUCAUCCUAAGCCUAAAGCCAAAGGAUGAAAAAGCAUUUUUGAGAUCUGCUUUAAUAACAGAGAGUGAGGGGGACAGCUGAACAUGUGGCGCUCUGAGAUGCUCCACCCAGAGCUUUGGAGCUGCAUCUGAAUAGGCUCUGUCUGUCUUAAGCUUCAGCUUUGACCUUGGGAUAGCCAGAAGGAACUGGUCUGUAGAUCUGAGAGUCUUAGAUCAAAGAUGUGUUUCUUUAAAAAGGUCAGAGAGAUAAGUUGGAGCAAGCCCAUUUAUGGAUUUGUACAUUUGUAAUAAAAUCUUAAAAUCAAUCCUGACAGAGAGCCAGUGAAGGGGAGCCGUAACAAGGGAGGUGUGUUCCUGCUAGAUUCAUCAGUUAAAAUAUGAGCUGUAGCGCUCUGAGCCUGCUGCAGAUGAGCUAAAGAGGCGUGGCCAAAACCAACUUAAAAUGCAUAACAACAAUCAGGUGGUGUUGAUAAAAGCAGACAGAAAUUGUCCAUCCUUUGUGCAUCUUUCCGGUAGACAUAAAAUCACACUAAGCAGUUUCAGUUAACCUGAAAAUGAAACCUACAGAGCCUGAAGAUCCAUUUCUCUGAUUCUUGACUUUCUCAGUAACUAUAACAACUCAGAUUUUAGGGCCAUGAAUGAUUUAUUUUUCUGUCAUGCCCUUAAUAAAAAAAAAAACCAAAUGCGUAUUUUUGAUAAAUGGAUUAUGCCUACGGGUUAAUAGCCUUUUAUAUUUAACAUGACUUCUGGUUAGGUUAAAAGAAAUGCUGUUGGUUGGAUCUGGUUUUCAAGCCAUCGGGAGCCCUAACAGAGCACAAAAAGGACUCAUUUCUUAUUCAGUGAGCACAGCAGUAAGCACUGCAGCAGGCUAGACACUGCAGCGGUGGAAACAGCAGUCUAGAAUGAGAUAAAGAGGGAUUAAACAGGAUUAUGUCAUAAAGGCAUUAGGUAGUAAACAUGAGAGUUAAUUAAUUCAAUCCGUACAUUUAUCAUGCCAACCCAUUCACGGAUCUCAGCUCUGGUCUUCAAGGCUCCUGUGGGUGUACUUCUACUCUGCCCGUGAUGACAUCAUAGUUUAACGAAUGAGUGAUGUCAUUUUGAGGCAUAGACUAAUAUAAUUUUCUUGACUCUCCACUUUUGUUUGUCGUUAGAUGUUUAGUUUUAUUUAAACUGACUGUGAUUUAGACUUUGUAAUGUAUAAAGCAAAAAAAGUACAGAUCAGAGAAGCCUUCAGGCUGCUUUAAACCUUUGAUGAACUCAGUACGUUGACAGAAACUCUUAUGUUCUACUUAGGGUAGACACGGCGAAUUAUAAGGGCUUUCUUAAUAUAUUCAUAUAUCUAAAGCUUUUGAAGUAAGUCUCUAUUACAGGGUUGCACGGCAGUGGAGUUAUAGGUCUCUUCUUUUGUUUACUCAUUAAAUCUUUUAGCACACAUACACAAACUCUGUGAACUCACAGGUAACUUUACCCAUCAGUGUAGAGGAGUGAGCACAUGGUUGUUAUUGAGGGAUGCAAAAAUGAGACGAUAUUGUUUUUGCCACUUAAGGUGGGGUAGGCAGGAUCUGAGGAAGUGCCAGUUUUUGGGAGAAAUCUUGAAUGUAAACACUACCCCUCCCUACCAGUUUUCCCCACAGCCCCUCCUCUCCCCUCCGACUCUGCUCCAGCAAGCCAUGCUCCUGUUCGCUCUUAUCAUUUCAAUUAAAUUCUGAUAUAAUGCAGAUAAAUACUUCGGAUAAUUACAAAUGGGGCCCAGUCAACGUAUUACUGUAGAUGCCAACAGACUACCAGCAAACACAAUGUUUGCAGGACUUCUACAACUAGGAUAAAGUAACAUAGUCCAUGACCCGAGCUAAACAGUUUAGCGGCGCUACAACACGCAGCAGGUCCCGUAUGACAAGAAACACUUCUGUUACACCUGGCUUACUUUGUUAAAGCGGUUUACCUGUCCAGCAGAAAGGUUACAGGGUCCGUAAGAUCUUGAGGCACCCUCCAUCGUUUAUGCUGAUGUUGACCCGGCUUCUUAGCUCUUGUCUGGUCUACCUCUGUUUUAAGCACCCGUUGUUCCGCCAGAGUCUCCAGUAUUUACUUUGUUUCAUUGCUUGUGUUUUCCUUACUCUCUGGUUGGUUUUUACUGUCCGAUCUUGUAGCACGCUAACUUUGUUUGGGCUAAUGCAUGUUCGCCUCACAACCAAUCAGGUUAGGGGAGGCGGAGAAUGGCUUUGUUUACAGUCAGAAAGAGCAGGCCGAUCAAAAAAAUCAAAAUGCUGACUACACAGACUUAACAAAACAGCGAUAUUGUUAUAUUACCAAAUGUCAUCAAUAACUAAUAGCUAUUGACUGAUAUUAAAAGUUUUUUUGUAUAUUAACCACAAAAAAAGAUGCUUCUUUAACAGAAUCCUGCCUACCCCACCUUUAAAUGAUCUCACUCAGUCGUAUGAAACAAACACAUGAAAUAGGGCUCGCAGGCUGAAACAGUAACCGCAAGCUUACAUUUCAAACUAUAAGUCUGACCUUCACCAGGUUGCCGUCUGAAAAACCGAGCGCUGUGUUCAUUUCACACUCAGUCGCCUUUGUCUGGAUAUCAAGCAAAACAAAAGCUGCAAACGGAAUUUUCAUGACAAGUCAACCCUGAAAACAGUGGCUGUAUUUCCAUUACAUAUGCCAUAUUGGGGGCAUGUCAGCUACUGAAAAUGAAACCUGACCGCAGACAGUUACUUGUGCAGUGAGAGACGCAACAAUAAGCAGAAAGGUCUGCGCUUCUAUUGACAGUAGCUACACCUCUGAGGUACCUUUUCUGCUCAUAAAAAAAAACUCCAUCUGAAACCACCAGAGAGCUGUGGCACACCGGAGCAUUUCUCACCACCUGAAGAGAUGUGACCUGAGCACAGCAGCAUAAUGUAGAAGGUUAAUUCGACUGGCCUGUGAGAGGUAACACUUUCCCUUGCACCCUACCUAAGUUCACGUCAAUUAUCAUACUGAAAUAUCAAUGCUGCCCCAAGGAUUCCCGGACUUAAAGUCUUCCACUGUUCCUCUGCAGAGGUGCAAAGUGCCCACUGAAAACCACUUGCAGGGCCGCUGUGUUGGGGACUAUUAUGUGGAUUUGUCAGCGUGUCCUCUCUGCACUUCCAGAUGUCAGUGUUCCUUACUAUGCAUGACAGGCGACCAUCAGAGCGACUGCUCGUAGUGAGGACAGAUUUGGGAGGGAGAUGGAGGCAGAAGGAGGAAGAGAUCGACAGGAUGGAGUUGGAGGAGGUGAAAUUGUAUUUUAUUGACGUCUUGGAGCACUGAAGAGAGGGAGAUACGUGAGCAGCUGCCUGAAAGGAGGUGAAGAGAGAGUUAACCCUUCACUGCUUAUCAAACUUGCUCUACUUAAUUAACACUAGGCUGCAGGUUUGGGGAUUAUAAUCUCUAAUAACUCAUAUCUCCGCUCUCCGCCGGGGGAUGGAAUAUAAUGCAAAAAGUCAGUAAUACAGCUGCAUACAUAUUAACAGAGGACCAGCAGGGAAACAUAACAUGAGUAGGGCCUAGAUUGCUGUCUAUCACUCACCCAGCCAGUCAGCUUGUGUUGCCAUUCUCCAAAUAAGUAAAAGUUAUAUGUGCAGCAUGUUGUGCCUUUGGGCCAGGACAGCAGGACGUCAGAAUAUUUACCUCAUGUUUUCUCUCAUGUCUUAUUUACCCAACUUCUGCCGCGCAGGGUGUCGUCCAGGACACCCUGCUGCCUCUGGAGCCGCUCAGCACAGCUUCAGAGAGAAGAGUCCCAUAUCUGUAGGCAGCACAGCACAGCAUAGCAGUAUCAGCCCCAGUCACAAAUGUGUAUAUGUGUGUGUGUGUGUGUGUGUGUGUGUGUGUGUGUGUGUGUGUGUGUGUGUGUGUGUGUGUGUGUGUGUGUGUGUGUGUGUGAGAUGGCUACAUCCAUUUUCCUUGCUUCAUAAAAUCUACAAGAGCGGCAGCAGACACAUUAAAGCCGCCUUAUAGGGAGCCGAGGCUGAGGAACAGACGGAAGAGGCAUGAAAAGACUUGGCUGCUGCUGUUAGGUGUAUUCAUCUUCCUUUUUUUUUUCUUGCAAUGCUCUACCUCAUCCUUUUUCCUCCUCUUUCUCUUUCUUAACCCCCUCUCCCAUUGCUCUUUAAAUCUGUCAUCCCCUUUCUUUCUCCUCUCACCGCAUUUUAAUUGAAUUACUCAGUAUCGUUCCCCAGAAAGUUGCUUGGCUGUCAUUGCCUCUCUAAAAACCAAUAAAAGGUGGUGGUUAUUGAAACUCUGCUGUUAUAAAACCAAAAGCCUUCUGUCUCAUUUCCCCCCUCUCCCCCUUUUUUUUUUUAACUCCUCUUACCUCCUUGUAUCACAUCAUAGCAUCUCGGGAAAGCUUGUGUUUUCUUGAUAAACUUGAUCUGAAUUGUUACGUUGUUAGAGGCUAAAUCAGUGGCUCUAACUUCUGGAGGAGAUCAAGUAGAGAGAGUCAGGCCCCGCUUAUACAUCCCUGGCUAUUUUUAAAAAACAGAGACAUUAACCAUCGUUUGCACCCUUCAUUUAGACGCAAAUGGAGAAUUCGCCCCUGAAAACUAUGCUUUUAAAAACUCCGGCCGGAUUCUGGAAAACUCCAUUUGCAUGUUUGCAUUUGAACAGAGAAAGACUAGAUUUGGGUAGCCGAUGGCAGAUAUUGUGGCUGAAACUGGGUUAAAUGCGACGUUGUUUACAAUCUACAGUCUAUGCUGACAAUCUAUGGUGAUCAUGGAUGCAUGCAGAAUAGCAGUCACAUGUACGCUGGUGCAAUCACUUUGUAUUUGUUUGCAUUUGCAAAUACAAUGUGUGUGCUCGAAGGUCAGCAAUGUUGCAGCAACUUCUACCUCCAACAUCUGUGUCGCCGCCAGCCUUGCCGGUUUUGGGUCCAACCUGGGUGCACUGCAGUCUGGUGGGAGAACUUCAAAAAUGGAGUGGUUCUGCCGGAGAAGUGUCAUGAAAAUUUCUGGAUGUUGCAGGCAUUGCUGCUGUCACUCUCCGAGUUGCUGCGUCCCUACAUCAUGCGGUCCUCUGUCAGUGUCACAAAAAGAGUUGCCUGCACCCUGUAUUACCUGUCUGACGAAGGCAGACUGUGCAAGACAGCAUAUAGUUAGUGUAAACGAAACAAAACGGGUUAGUAUAAUCUAAAACUUUUCUGUAAACGUAGUGGUGUGCACGCAGUUCUUUUUGUAAACGGAGAGGGUGAAAUGUCCGUUUAUUGAAUAGCCAGGCGCAAAUGUAGUCUCAGAAAAAGGAGCAAGAAAGAGUAAAUUUUCCUUGGAGCAAGCCAUAGCUGCCAAGGGCAAAGGCAGUACAAAUCCCCCCUCUCCUUAUGUUCUAUGAAUGCCUGUAAGACCACCAUUUUAAAGAAAGAAAUCAAUUAUAACAGGCUUCUUAAUAAGCAUCAGGGCAUUUUCCUUGGAUAGAAAAUUUAAAGAAAGUUAACCAUUUGAACUCUUGAAAUCCCAAAAAUCUCCUAAAAAGCAUAAAAACUAAAUCAGAAUAUUUUCACCUGCUUAUGCUGAUCUUGAAAUUGUAUUCUGCUCCUGGAUUUUCAUCAUUUAUGCUUAAAAUGAGCCAGUAAAUUAAAGAUGUCUGGAUGAAGUAUUACAAUAUCUUGUAAUUAAAUAGCAUUUAUAAAGAUGACCCACUUUUGGAUCCAUGUAGUUAGAGGUGAGGAUAAAAGCUGAGGCUACUUUGAUGUUUGGCUGAGUGUUAUUCCGUCUCAGAAAAAGAAACACGACACUUUUUUUUUUUUGUUGUCGUGUUUUUUGCUUUUAUAUUUUCAUUCCCCAGGGCUUUGGUUGUUUUUCAGGAGUUUUUUUCAUUAGCACUAAUGAGUAGCACAACCUUUUUUGUAGCCAGUCACAAAGCACAGUGGUGUGUGAAGUUAAUUCUGUUUGAGUGUCUCGAGCUUUAUUUGAAUCAUGUGGAGUGUUAGAGUAAUGUCUUUAGAAGUUUUCUAUUUUUAACUAAGCCACAGAUCGAAGCUUUUCUUUUGGGGAAUUUUUACUCACAAGGACUUAUCUUUUCAGUGGCACCUUUCCCAUCUCCUCCCAUAAUGUUUAUUAAGUAAUAUAAUCAAGCUUUUUAAACACUUUUAUAGAUUAGGUGGCCAUUCACAUUCACAGUGAUGGGGCAAUGCUUCAGAUUACACCCCAUGGAUAAGACCUUUGCAAAAUUGACUUGCACCACCAUUCCCUCUGAAUUUGGUUGAUAAAAAUUGUACUAAUACAAAGUAUGUUAAAAAAAUGACCUAAAAUGAAUUUGUCUUUCCUAAUCUGCUUCCCUUUUGUCCUACUUGGGCUUGAAAAAGAAAUUAGCCUUCCUAAUCUGCCAGCCAGAUGUCCUACCUCUGCCCGUAAUCUCUCCCUCUCUCUCUGGUCUCCUUUCCCCUCUCCUGCUCUGUCCUUGUACACACUGUGCAGCUUUCUCUCCCAAGGCCUCAUUCUGUGGUCUCAGCUUGUCGCAAUGCAAAUGAAGAUUAGUUCACAUGAAUGCCUCGAUCCUUGCUCACGGGACAAAUUCUCAGAGAAUUCUGUCGCCGAGUGAAAGGACUGAGGGGCAGAGUGCUCCUGCUCCACAAACACAGAGAACACCGAUCCAGGAUCACAACUACCAUCUGCCACAAAGGCUGCUGGGACUCAGUGAGAGGGCAUGGGGGCCCAGUGAAGGCCAGGACAACCAGUAGAGGAAUGUGUCAGAUUGAUGGGUGACAGGAGACUGAAGAGGGCAGGUUUAAUUAAAAAAAUCAGCAGGAUCUAUUCAUGCAACUUGAAUUGUAACAUUGCUCUUCCUGAGCCAUGCUAACAGCCAAAAUCUUAAAUCUAAAACUUGUUGGUACAAAAUGAAAUCAAGACUACAGAUUUAAUUCAUGUAAAGUAACACCUUGUUAAGUUGCCAGAGAGGUACAUGCUUAGUGGUGCUUAGUUGCCCUGAAGUGCAAAAUAUGACCCCCCCCCAAAAAAAAAAAAACCAACAAUUUGACAAAUGACAAAACACAACAAAUCAUAAAACACAAAGACAACAUAAAAAAGAGGCUCAUCUGAGACUGACAUGGAUCGUUGCUGACUGAAUGAAGGAAACUGCUUCAUGCGCCUUUGGAAGCAAACAGAGAGAAGUUACCAGAUGAUCAAAUAUAUGUGUGUGCCCUGUAUCUAAAUAUUCUAUGAAGGUAAAGACUCAGUGUCAACCUGCAGUCCUGCUCAGUGUGCAGAAUCAGCAGAGACUGGCAGUAAAUUCUUCCGAUCAGCGAAAAGUCAUAUUGCCCCCAAGUGCAAAGUCAGGGAUAUAUAUAUAUAUAACUGAUAUUGGUUUUCCAUCAGUGUGGUAUCUAAUUUGGCUUUUUGUUCUGUGGUUUGUUGUGUUUUGGGAUCUUUGGGUGUUUUGUCAUUUGGCACUGUAGGGCAACUGUCCCCCAUAGUGAAAAAGGUUUCAUUCAUCUUUAAGAUAGGAUUAAGUUUGGACUAUAUUAAUAUGCUAUGUGGUCAGCUAGCUAAUGUUAUAAACCAUGCAGAGUAGCAACAACUAAUCAUAGCCUCAACUCAUAAAUCCACAAUUUUUAUCAAUAAGAGGAAGUUUACACUUUUAAACUCAACACUUGUUUAGAUCAUCGACAGAGUAGUAAAUCACUCUAAUAGGGCUGUAAUCCACCAAAGAAAUUCUUGGUCGACAAAGGGGGCAACUCUGACGACAAACCUUUCUGCGGAGGGGGCUCGGCGAAGCGUGGCUCGCUCGGUGGAGUGAAAAUAUACUGCCAUGGAUGGUAGAGGAGGAUUCAUAUGAAAGUUGAAACGCUUGAAAUAAAUGUAAGUAUUCAGCCAACCUGGACGCUCUUCAAUCUUCCCCUCUCCAACCAGUCUUCAGUGGGUUGGGUGAAUCCAAAAUAGUAAAAACAAGGGGGGUGUUCUGAGACAGGCUGUUACCUGUGAAAUGGAGUGCUCUGAAAACAACCCCAUUAGCACUUGGUACGUUCCUCCUGAUGAAAUUAACCAUAGACUGUAAACUGACACAGAAAAAAAUCGACCUAUCGGAAUGUUGGUCAACUCGGCAAGUAUCGACUAGGACUUUACAGCCCUACACUGUAAUAAGUGAAAAUUAGUGAACCUUUGCCCAAUUCAUGCUGGAAACUACAUUUGACUGAACCCAUACUGCUGCUGUUGCAUGGGUUUGCUUCCACAGAAAGUUUGCCGUAUUCUUGAAUAAAAUGAUAAUGUGCCCAAGUGCCUAUCCUAUCCAAUCAAUUUUUAAAUAGCCCGAGUAUUUUCUAUGAUUUGCUGAUAGUGAAUUCAAAGAUAAUCUAUGCUUGUUUGGUAGACUGUAUGCCAGUGCUUAGUCAAAACUAUUAAAAAUGAACAUUUAGAUGCUGUAUUUAUAGAAAACACAUCUUAAAUAUAGAUUUUUGUUAGUUUGUUUGUUUGUUUGUUUCAUGACUGAGUCUAUGUCACCCCAGAGUCAACUUUCUCCGAGCAGGAUAACUGAGACAACAUAACAUGAGUUGCAGCCAAGACUUACAUUUUCUUUCCCUGUUAAAUAUUAAAUGUUUUAAAGCCUUAUCAUUUUUUAAUGUGUUUUUUAAGUGCUCACUGCUUAGAUUGAAAAUGAUGACUCUUCUUGAAGAUUCAACCGACUUUUAUUGUAAUUUAGUAGGAUUUAUUUUAUUUAAGCACUUCCCUCUUUUACUCUCUGUGAGUUAAAGUAAAAGAACAUCCGGAGGGGUAGAGAGAGAGAGAGAGAGAGAGAGAGAGAGAGGUUGGAGAAAUGCUUUGUUUUCUUAGAUCCUCUACAUCUCUCUGAAACAUCUCACUGAGGUAUCUGGACCAGGAGUGGAGCUUGUAAUCAGUUCAGGGCAGUUGUGGUCUACUCUACAUUCAUCAGCUUUACAUUUAGGGUAUUGAUUUUGUUUAAGCAAAAGAAAAAGAAAAGUAAUCUCUGCUUUCCAAUUAGACGUUUCUAAUUUAUUCCUGUCUGGUGCAGAGUGAACUACGUUGGUUUUUUCUCUGUUUGAGCUCAGAAAAAGAGAAAAUUAGUAGAGUUAGUUUUUGCUACUUCUUUAAUGGGCAAUUAAGAGAAUCUUAUCUCAUGGGGAGGAAUUGCGUAGAAGUGAUAGAGCCCUGGGCCCCCGAGGGCCACGUCUCUGCCAACCUGUGUAGAGACUGAGGAUCCUUUGCUUCACUCGAGAGAGGGAGGCUGAAGGGAACAAGAUAAACUUGACAGAAAAGAAGGGAGUAAAGAUCCGCUCAAGGGAGGAGAGGAGACUGAGCAGCUGAUGUUCAUAGAUUGAAGCGAUCAUAACAUAUUCAGAAGAUGAGAUCAUGACAAGAGACUUUGGGGUGUUUUUCUAGUUUUUCACCCUCAUGGCAGCUUCCGAGUUAAGAGGUGGAGCCACCCCAAAGAGAAGGAGUGCAGGGAGGCGUCUGUUUAUUGAGGUGUUUUAAGGUAAUGAGUCAUAUCUAAAGAGAGACUCAUCAGGGAGGAGGGAAAUGGAUUAAAAAACUAUCUGAGUGAGCAGUUCAGUUGCCUUGAAAGCCAAACAGAUGGCUUGCUGUGGUAGAAGGAGCCUCUGAGGUCUCUAUCUACAGAUGGGAUGCACAGAGUUUGCCUCCAGGGGAUGUUCUUCACGCUAUCAAUUAGGUAGUGCACGACAGAGACCAGUGCUCUGAUGAAAAUAAUAUUGGUAUACAAAAAAAGGACGGAGGUCUCGUAGUGGUCUCUGUAUAUGGUCAUUUUGUAUGUAUCCCUGUGGCCUCUAGGUACUGGAGUCAUGGCUAUACAUAUUUUAUUGUCCUCUCAUCUUUUUUUACUCACUUUUUGAGUCUUGUGUAUCUCUGCCUCUGUAUAUCUGUCUCAGGAUGUCUUAUGACUUUUUUAUAGUAUUUAUUUUAAAGAUUCAGUUCAGAUUUCUAAAUCUGCAGCCUCAGUAUAUAACUCUACCAUGGCAAGUUUUUCUAACCCUCUUUCUUGCAUGGUGUCUCCCUUUGUUCCUUUUGUCAUCUCCAUACCUCAGAUGACAACAGAGGAGCUUGAGGCCUAUGUGAACACCCAGUUCGAUGAGCUUCGCAGAUUGGUGCGACUGGAGGAGAGGAGGACCCUUCAUCUGGUAGACCUCAAAGAAGCGUUCCUCACAGCAUCAGCUGCAGAGAAAAUCGCAGAGAUCAGUCUGGAAACCGAGCGCCUCCAGGAGGAGAUGGCCAACAUCACACAUCAGCUGUGCAUCCUGGAGCAGGCUGAAGGGCUGGGUAUAAACCAAGCGUUGGCAGCACAGGCUCUCUUAGCAGGGGCUGGACCAGCCCACAGAGUGCAGGUGAGAAGACCAUUCCUUCCGUAUUAUCCUCAUACUCUGCCUCUUAAACUGCGCUUUCACUGUGCGGUAAAUUGCUGGAAGAAAGUGAAGGGAGUUGAUAAGGUCAAAGAAGCCCAGUGUGACUCAUACUCAGGAUGCUGUGAUUUAUUUAGUGAGAUAUUUCAAGCUCUUAGGCUCUGGCUUCUUAGAAACAGACCAUGUCCCCUUCACUUCUUUAUAAUUUUGUUUUAUGUAAGCACUACAGUCUGAUGCAGAUCACCUCAGUCUUAUGUGUAGCAGUGAAAGAGGUUCGUCUUGUUAAAAUAUGUCCUGUGAAAUCAGCAGCAUCAAGUGUAAAGUCCCACUCCAAUCGUUUUUAUUUUAUUUUUUUACCACUUAAAGUGUUCUCAGUGGUCUUUAAAUUGUGAUUAUGAAGUUUUUAGCCCACCUGUGUCAUUUUCAAGAGUUUUUCUUCUGCAGAGCUCCAGUAGCUCAUUAGCAAUGCGCCUCUGAAUCGUGGGCAGAGACAGCGCUGCUCUGCACACUCCUCUUCACGCUAGAUGUAGCCUAACAUUGUUGGUGUAGUCAAGGUAGCAGGUAACAUAGUUGCUAUUCAACUCUCGGAUGCUAAUGUCUUUAGGGACACGAUGAAAGUUAAUGUCAUAAUUUUCGAGCAUUGCGAUCCGCUACCGCACACGCUUGUUCAGCAAUCGUCCUCUCUAUUUUAUCGAGUCCGUCCUGCAUAGCACGGCUCCAAGGGCGGAGCUUGGAUUUGUGACAUAGGAAAUCUCACUGUGUCUGAUCCUGCCGUUUGGGUAUGUGAGAGAUUCACAGCAAUUUGAAUGCAGUAAUACUCAGAAAUGCAAUUUUGCACUUAGUUUUCUCAUGAUAUGUCAAAAAAAGAAAAACAUGAUUUUCAUCAGAGUGGGUCUUUAAAACAGGCUUUUUCAAAUGCCACUGUGUCACCCGUAUGAGCUGUUUACAUGAUCAUGAGUCAUAUUCUUGGGAAACGUUUGUAGCUGGUUGUAGUUGAGGCUUCAGUGGAGCCACUGAAAUGAAUGGAAAACUCAUGCAUGAGAUCUGGAUUUGCAGCAAGGCUGGCAGCCUAAUUGACAGAACCAAAUCAGAUCACGAGGUCUGCUGAGAGCCCAAACAGGGUCAAUGAUUAAUUAAACUAAACUUUAAACCCAGAGGUCCAGUGCCAACAUUGUUACUGAGGGCAGCCUUGUAAAACCAGACACUAUUGCUGUUGUCAAUAAACAAUUACAAACACUUUACUGGCCAGCACAAAGCUGCCUUGUUGCUGACCAAGUGAAGCCUCCUUUAUAGUGCAUCUUGUGCAUUAUCAAGAUAAUUUAAGACAAACGAUAGCCAGCAGCUGGAGCUUGGCUGUGCUUUCUUUUCUUGUUAUGUGGCCCAACUGAAAACAGAAGAACUUGGUGCCUGUUCAAAGAGCGCACAGAGGUUCAAUCCCAUUUCUCCAACUCAAAAGAUGAUCUUUUUUAACGACGGCACCACCUGCUGCCUGAUUAUAACAAAGGAAAUAUGGUAAACAGGUGCGACUAUACGGCAGCUUUGUUCCAAAUAAAAGGAGAGACUGGCUGUAUUUAUCCAGGCAUACAUUAUGCACCUUAAGAGAAAUGCAGUCCUCCUUGCAUACUGUCAGCUGUGUCAGUGUGAUACAGGUAGUUAAAUACAAAUACAUCCUGAAGCAUGAGUGCAACAAUGUGUUACUCUGGCGGCUCAUUUGUAAGUAAUGAACACAGCUGUUUGAGUUCUUUUUACCCAUCAGACACUCAGUCAAAGCAAGGUCUUUAUGUCAGAGUGCUUUAAAUACCUGAGCAUGUGUGCAGUUUAGGUAUAUAAGGUAUCCAUUUAUACAUAGGCCAUGCUAUUCCAGUGCAUCACUUCAGAUUCUGCAGCACCACACUCCCUCAUUUUUUAUUUUGAACAUUGAAGAGGAUGCUUUUACUGCUUAUGGUUCCCACAUUAGUAUAUCCCAUUGCUCCAUUUGUCACUCUCUGUACUUGAUUCACAGCCACAGUUAGGAAAGCAGGUUAAAGCGUUCCCCGGUGAUACUCUGCAGGACCAAGCAGGCUGCAGUAAUGUUGAGGGCUGAUUUGCAGAAUGCUUUUCUAGUUGAGUAAAUAAUCCACACUAGGCCAAGUUCAUUAGACUCUAAUUGAAUGCUGAUGGUAACCCUGUUUGUUCACAUGUGUUAGUUAUUGUUAGGGUAAGUAAUGGGCAGUGGGUGUUCUUUGGAAAUGUGUGGUCACAGGGGAUGUAUGUAUGUGUGUGUGUUUGUGUGUGGGUGUUGGUGUAGAGAAGAGGCUCAUUUAGCAGUUUACCCACCUAGAAAUGAUGUAGCUUAAUGUGUGUAUUGAGAGGCACACAAUACUAAAUAAGUCGGACUGAGUUUUUGUUUGUGGAGCCCAAAAUUUCAAGAGAGUGAAUCUGCAAAAGCAAAUCAAGUCCACCUGAACCCACAAACACCUGCAGCAGUUUCUGUCUUUGCAACAGCCUUUUAAAUGAGCGCAGUCUCAUAGUUCCAGAGGAAAAUAAGUUUUUCUACUUCCUCACAGACUCCUCCACUGUCUCUCUGUGUGCCUGGUGGUGUCAGGCAGAUGGCACAUUGCACCAAAGCAAUUCAGUUGCUUCUUCUCCAUCUCUAUGAUACCAGGGCUGUAAAUUCCUUCUUUAAAUAGGAGAGAGAUUAUAGGUGGGAGAAAAACCCCAGGUGACCUACAGUGCAUUACGCUUCUUAACAAUGAAGCUGGUCUAGACCAUACUCUAUUUACCCAAUGUAAAGAUGGGUCUUUGCAUCGGGUCUUUAAGACUCCCAAUUCCAGAUAACUGAAAGCUCUACCACUGAGACCACAUUGAGAGACUGGUAUGAUGAGCAGAUGUGGCAGAUGUGAUAGUGCCUGAUCAUAAAGAGCUUUGAAGGUCAGAGGAAGAAUUUAAAAUCUACCAUAAAGUUGAUAUUAUACCAUACCAUACAAAAUCUUUUGCAGUACAUGGCUGAUAAUGUCAGCAGUUCUACGAUAACCAAUUGAUGUACAGUGCCCAGCAUAAGUCAGUACACCUCCUAUUAAAAGUAAUACAUUACUCAAUAUCUAGAUGAGCAAAAGUACAAUUUACAAAGUUUUGACAAAGCUAAGUUUAACAUAACAUUUUAUUUACCAUAAGAUGAAAAUAAGGUUGAUAUGGUAACUAAAAUUUAGCUUUGCUCCCAGAAAUUUGAUUGGGAUGUACGUAUUUUUGCAUCCUGAUUUUAAAUUAAAAAAAAAGAAAAACUUUUUUGUAUGGAACUUAAAAAAUCUUGUUUGGGAUCAAUGACCUACAUUUGGGGGAGUAUUUUGGAUAGUCUGACAUAGAAAAUGUUGAUUUUAAAAAGGAAACGAAAGGUUUUCUGACAACUCUGAAGGGGUGUACUUAUUUAUGCUGAACACUGUACAUUGAUCAAUAAAAUCAUGAAAUGAAACAUCACAUUAUCAUAUAAACUGAAGAUUACAUUUUGCUAAAGACAAAGUGUAUGAUGAUUAAAGUAUUUAUUCUUUGCUUUUUGGUUUGGUUUCACUGAGAUGAGAUGAUGAGAAUACUUUUGUAUUUUAAGUUUCAGAACUAUAGGGGGAUUUUUAAAUGUGUGUAAAAAUUGCACAUUGAAUUUGAAAGAAUCAUUUGAAAUGAAACUGGAGCUUUAUUGCUUUAUAGCCAUAGCCUUUUUUUUUUCUUCAUGACUGAUGGUUAGCGCUAUAAGGUCUGUUACCUCUUUUUUAGUUGUUACUACUGUUACUCCUACUAUUUCAAUACUACUCACUUUAUCCCACUGUCCUCUGUGAUUUUUUUCGUUAAAUGGGGUUUCAUGAGGUACUUGUCAAUAAUAAUAAUGGUAUUACCCUCAGGCAAUGCAGGUCAGCCCAGCCCUUUUGUUGACAAACUGACCAGAGGACUGGAGCUUAAAUUGCUUUACUAAGUGGUAUUUGAAUUUUAAUCUAUAAAUACCCCAAAGGUACCAGAUAUGAUGCUAGAAGAACAUCACACUGCAUUGAAAUAAAGCAACUACCUGAAGCUUUGUAUAAAUGCAAACACCAACAGUAUUUAGAUAUGCUGACCUGUUUUGGCCCCUCGUUUAUUUCUCCUCAUGUAAGGCACAAGCUAAUCCUGUUUGCCAGGGAGCUGCAGUUGUAGCCUCCAGCACUUUUUCAAAGUUCCAACUUUCCACACAAAAAAAAAGGAAGACUGGCAGCUUCUGAACUAAAUCAGAAAAGGGAUUGGUCCUUUUGUAAAAACAUCACACACAGCAGCUGUGCAAUAGCAAGCCUCUGGAGUAGAGAAGCUAUGAUGUAAAAUAUUCCUCACCUGCAUAUAAACCCAUGCUCCCAGCAGAAUAGACCGCAUAAUUGAGGUGAGCCUUUUUUUGCUCGAGGUCAAAUAAACAAAUUACCACAGGUUCUGUUAAUAAUCUCACGUCUUUCUUUUAAUUUAGGUAGAGGAACACAGCUGUAGACACACACACACACACACACACACACACACACACACACACACACACACACACACACACACACACACACACACACACACACACACACACAAACACACACACACACGCUGCAAUGAAGGUCUGCAGGGAAGAAAAAAACAGUCCAGAAAUUGACCAAUCAGUGGGAGCCAGGGGGAAGUAUAUUAAAAGACUUUGUCUUGGUCUGAGUCCAUUUAAUAUCAAAUUUCUGGGGCUUCACAUUUUCAUUACAAAAACGCCUGUGGGUGCUAAUUUCUACAACCAGGUAGUGUGUUUACUGGAAAAGUCUCUGUUGACUGUACCGUAAUUAAAAAAGUUGCAGUGUGUCACUGGGAAGGCAGUGAUCUUUUUUGCCUGACUUGGCACUGGCACAGAGAGAGUUUUCUUCAAUACAGGCUAAUCAUCCACAAAACGCACACAUACAGUAUGUGUGCACUGCAACAUACAAAAACAGUCUCAAUACUGACCAUUAUAUUAAGCUCUCUCAUAGCACUAUGCUGUCGUUGAAUGUCACUGUCACAAAAUCAUUUAUCCAAAACUGAACGAGCUUUUUGUGUUUGUUGGGUGGGAGUGGGGGAGGGGGCAGUGAUGGAAUUGGACCCGUGCAUUGACCAGCAUGUUCAAUAGUGUCUGGCUCAGAAACAGUUUAGACUGUGUUUUUUAACAGCUCCAAAGUACGCAGCAAAAGAGACUCUGAGCAGUCAUUGGAAUUUAUUAUAAUUACACCAACAUUAAUACUUCUGAAUAGCCCAUUACUGUUGCUAUGGGUUAUAUAAAAAGAGUUAUGUGAAACUAGAAAAAAAAAUUAGGUUGUAAAAUGCAUCCAAGGGCCCUUAUAAGCUUUAGCAUUAGUAUACAGUGCAUUCGGAAAGUAUUCAUACCAUUUCACUUUUUCCACAUUUUGUUAUGUUACAGCCUUAUUCCAAAAUGGAUUAAAUUCCCUUUUUUCCCUCAAACAUUCUACACAAAAUACCCCAUAAUGAAAAAGCAAAAAACUUUUUAGAACAUUUUGCAAAUUUAAUAAAAAUAAGACACUCAAAUGUUGCAUAUACAUAAGUAUUCACACCCUUUACUCAAUACUUCGUUGAAGCACCUUUGGCAGCGAUUACAGCCUCCAGUCUUCUUGUGUAUGAUGCAACAAGCUUGGCACACCUGGAUUUGGGGAGUUUUUCCCAUUCUUCCUUGCACAUCCUCUCAAGCUCAGUGAGGUUGGAUGGGCAGCGUCAGUGCACAGCUACUUUCAGGUCUUUCCAAAGAUGUUCAAUCGGGUUCAAGUCUGGGCUCUGGCUGGGCCACUCAGGAACAUUCAGAGACUUGUCCUGAAGCCACUCCUUUGUCUUCUUGGCCGUGUGCUUAGGGUCAUUGUCAUGCUGGAAGAUGAAGCAUCGCCCCAGUCGAAGGUCUCGAGAGCUCUGGAGCAGGUUUUCAUCAAGGACUUAUAUGUACUUAGCUGCAUUCAUUUUUCCCUCGAUCCUGACAAGUCUCCCAGUUUCUGCCGUUGAAAAAACAUCCCCACAGCAUGAUGCUGCCACCACCAUGCUUCACUGUAGGGAUGGUAUUGGCGAGGUGGUGAGUGGUGCCUGGUUUCCUCCAGACAUGAUGCUUGGCAUUCAGGCCAAAGAGUUCGAUCUUCGUUUCAUCAGACCAGAGAAUUUUGUUUCUCCUGGUCUGUGAGUCCUUCAGGUGCCUUCUAGCAAAGUCCAAGCGGUUUGUCAUGUGCUUUUUACUGAGGAGUGGCUUCUGUCUGGCCAUUCUACCAUAAAUGCCUGACUGGUGGAGUGCUGCAGAGAUGGUGGUCCUUCUGUAGUGUUCUCCCAUCUCCUCAGAGGAACGCUGGAGCUCUGUCAGAGUGACCAUCGGGUUCUUGGUCACCUCCCUGACCAAGGCCCUUCUCCCCCGAUUGCUCAUUUUGGCUGGGCGGCCAGCUCUAGGAAGAGUCCUGGUAUGGCUUGGUUUGUGCUCUGACAUGCUCUGUCAGCUGUAGGAUCUUAUAUAGACAGGUGUAGCUUUCCAAAUCAUGUCCAAUCAGCUGAAUAUGCCACAGGUGGACUGCAAUCAAGUUGGAGGAACAUUUUAAGGCUGAUCAGUGGAAACAGAAUGCACCUGAGCUCAAUUUUGAGUUUUAAAGCAAAGGGUGUGAAUACUUAUGUAUAUGCAACAUUUGAGUGUCUUAUUUUUAAUAAAUUUGCAAAAUGUUCUAAAAAAAAGUGUUUCGCUUUGUCAUUAUGGGGUAUUUUGUUUAGAAUUUUUGAGGGAAAAAAGGAAUUUAAUCCAUUUUGGAAUAAGGCUGUAACAUAACAAAAUGUGGAAAAAGUGAAAUGGUAUGAAUACUUUCCAGAUGCACUGUAUAUCUGUGCCUGUGUACAUGGAGGCCUUCUUGUGCCUGCUCUGCCCAGCUCAUGAUGUAACAGCAUCAUUCUGCAUUUCCACAUGUAUGACUGAACAAGUUCUAUCAUGUCGCCUCAGUGUGUGAUAUUGUUCAGAGAAGCGGAGGCUGAGGCUCCACACUGUUUAAGUGAUAAAGGACUCUUAGCAUGAAAACAAAGCUAGGAUGCCUCAUUAGCCAGGCAUUGGGGGUCUGCACUAGUGACCCAGCCCUGACUCAGCCGUGACCCAGGUCACAAUGAGCUGCCCGCAGGCUGAUCUGAGACAACACAGCCUUUUUGGUUCUACCUUUUUUUAACAAGCUGCUGCUCAAUGGACGGCUUCUUUCCAAGCUGUUCUGCUCAGUUUUGUUUGCCUCAAAUGGAUAAAGGGGAAUACUUCUCUGUAUACCUCCUGCACUAAAUACCCAUUAACCCUCAGGUCCUUUGAGUUUAAUUCUUUUUUGUCUUCAUUUUGAAUACUUAUCGCUAUAAAUUAGCUGAAUUAAAUCUACCUUUCAAUUCAGAUUUAUUACAGUAUACUAAAACACAUCAGUCAGGCUCAUUGUGGAUACUGAUUACCUUUUGUUACAUCAGUUUUUCUCAGCAGGUACUUUGAAGUCGGCAUUAACAAUAGUCUUUUGAAAUAAAGCCCAGCUUUCAUUCAGAUGGUUGAUCUGAUUCCAUUGAGAUUGUUUUUUUAAUUAAGAGGUGGGCAGCCUUUAUUCGCUACUUCUUGACAGACAAAUGCACUUUUUUUUGCAUUUUUUUUCAUGUGUGCACAUAUUGAUUGAGCUGCCAUGUGAAUGAUCUGAGAAAUGUUGAAUCUAGUAUUAUUCAACCCUGGAGCGAUUGAUUUUCCUCUUUACGGUUGCAAAGGUAACUGUGGUAAUUAGAGUCAGAACAAAGCUCUAUAGCCUACAGCAGCUUUCUGACAACAUAUUUCUUUUAAUUUUCUGGGCAGUGGCACUGAAAAAACACUUUAAAUCCACCAAAUGAAAACAAAGCAAACAGCUGGGACUGUAAGAGCGCUCGGGUUUAUUGUGGGGAUCCAAUCCAGCCAAUGAAAGUAUCGGAGAACAAACAGCUCAAAUUACAAACUUAACAUGCAGUCGUUAGUAAAAUGGACUUGUGAGGUACAGGCAGCGAGGCUGAAAGCAGACAAAAGGUAAAGUAGUAACUUUGAUUUAAACAUUUAAUAGCAUCUGACUCCAUCUGACCACCAGGAUAUUUAUUAUGAAUAAGGCUGGAAGUUUAACAAGAUACUGAGGCGUUGAGGAUGAUCCUUUUUAGGAACAUAACUCAACUGUUUAUUUCCAUCUCUUUAGGGGAAUAGCUGAUUUUAAUUAAACUGUAGUAUAACGCAAAUGUUACCAUUUUAAGUGCUCAUAUUUUUCUUAAGUGUAGCACUUCCUUGUUUAUGGCUAGUAUGAUUAAUGAUAUGCCACAUACAGUCCAUUUAUUGGCUCCCUGGCAAAAGGCAGUAGACUUGAAAGCAUCUAGUGGAAAUAUUGGUACCCAGCAACAUAAUUAGUUUCUUGAAGGAAUAUAUCAACUGUGUCUUAAUGUGUUUUUAAAGCAGAAAAUUUGGUAUUUAUAUAAAAGCUGUGGCUGUAAUUCAAAGCAGACUCACUUAGUUAUUUGUCUUCCUCUCUUUGGGUGUCUGACUACCUGCCGUUUUAAGCCGUUAACUAAUGAUGGGUCACUUUAACAGCCAAGCAGCAGAGGAACAAAAAGAGGUUUUACCAGCCUUACAACAAGCAGCCAUAAGCCUCUUCAAUGAAUGUCAGUUUUGCGCUCUUAUUCCACAAAUUGACUUUUGAAUCCGUUGAAGUGCUUGACAAGGUAAAACAAGACACAUCUGACUGUGUUCCAAUAUUUGAAACUUUUUAUUUGUCCAGAUCUGGAGCUAAUUAAAUUUAAAGCCAAAUCUUAGUCAGUGAGGCAGACAGCCAGUCAGUGCUCCGCAGCCCGCGCUCAUCAGCUCUCCUCUCAUCUGCCAUGCUGCCUAAGAGCCACUGCCUCCUCAAGACGCCAUUAGUUACACAGUGUCAGAAUCCCUUUUCUGGCGCAGCCAUCUUAGUGCUUCCAGUCAGGGUCCAGUGCUACAGUACAAAUACUCCCGGGCAGCAUAUUGAAGUCUGGCUAAGAAAUACCAAUUAAGAUCAAGAAUUGUUUACAAGGGCUUUUGAUCUAACACAUGACAGUGAUUUGUGUUGGGCUUGCAGAUUGAAGCUGUGUGUAUUAGGCGUGCUAAACAAACACUGGAGCAGACUGGUGUAGAUUCAUCACCCUGUGAAGUAAUGCAUCUACAUCUCCUUAAAAUUGACUGAAUCUGAAAUGUGAUUAAAUUUUUCAUUUGGCUCAUGAAUAAAACCUUCCCCCCUCGCAGUGUUUGUGUAACUGUCACAGACGGGCAGGGAACAAAUCACGUCCGGCGUUUUGACAUUGGAAAAAUCAUUUUGGCCCCGAUAAAACAGAGACGCAGAAACACCAGCAUGUGAAUUUUGUGCCUGGCUUUGCACUUUGUCCCAGACUGCUCCUUUAAAAAGCUCAUGAAUAUACAUGAGCGCAAGUGGAGGAUGAAAGUGAAAAUUAAUGGAUCACAUUUCGAGCUGCACCAGCUGUGGACUGGGUUGAUGUAAAUGAUGUUGUUUACCUUUUAUUUGUAAUCCGCAACACCUGUGCAAACAUUUAAUGUACAUUCUCUCUCUCUCUCUCUCUUUCUCUGUUUUCAGAAUGACAUCGAGGCCAGGCCAAGGUAAGACCUUAGAUUUAUUCAUAAUGAUCCUUAAAUAACUAAGCACACUUCAGAACUGUGUCACUCGGGCCCUCGUCCCGCCAACCACCACAAGACUGCUGAGUAUUUACCUGCCAUUGUAACACGCUCAUCAAAGACAUGCCUUUAAAUUGGCUACAGACACAGACUCAGCCGUGCACGUUAAAAAGCCCUGCAUUCCUCUGAACCUACCCCAUCACAUGCCAGUCACGUCCAUGCCCCAGCAAGGCAAUUAGUAGCUCUCAUCUGUGCGUGCUGCAGGGAAUCAGAGGAGGUGACGAUCUGCCCGGUCCAAUAAGAGUGCUGAGGACAGUGGCUGACAGGCUAAAGGUGUAUGCGUGCAUGUGUGUGUGUGUGUGUGUGUGUGUGUGUGUGUGUGUGUGUGUGUGUGUGUGUGUGUGUGUGUGUGUGUGUGUGUGUGUGUGUGUGUGUGUGAGGCCGUGUGUUUAUUUGCAUGCGAUCCUUAUGUGUGCACUUGUGUUAAGACAGGGUGUUUGGUCAUUAGCAGGGUCAAGUUCGCCCUCUAAUACAGCUGAGUAUAAUAAUUUCUACUGUCGGGAAGCUUGUUACAUGUGCUUGAAGAUAUGAGUAAGUGAGCUGGAAAAAUGCAGUCAUACUAUUUCUCAUCAUUUACUUUUUUAUACAUUUUUUUUCCCCCUAAAAUACAUAUUUCACUUUUUGUCCAUUGCUGUCAGACAGUCUGAAAUAGAUAGCCAUCUUCUGGUCUCACACUUAUUGAUCUGUUGACAAAAAAACCUGUGCGUCUCCUUCAGGAGCACUCUCAGCACCACCUGCUGUCUUUGCCUCUCCUCCUAGAUGUCUUUCUGGGCUUUCAUCUCGAAGCAUUGCUCCCCUCUACAGACAUGGCACACAUACUCUCAGACAAAGACACCCUCAGCACAUCUGUCCCUUAACAAAGAAACCCAAUUUACUUCUGAGACCCAUUUUAAAAGGAAGGCUGCAUAGGGCCUAUGCAGUAUUACAUCCUGUGGCCCUCAAAAAAAGAAAAAAAAAAACCUUUGAUGGGCAGUAUGUUUGUUGUCACAGAGGGAAAUCGAAUUUCUAAUUCCACUUUGUAGUCUUGAUACUGUGCUGCUGCAUGCUUGUGGUAGAUUUGCCGAAUUGUUUUGUAAUUUGGAAAUACAAACUAUAAUGUGCCCGGCUUCAAAUAAGCGAAAAAAGUCAUGACCACGGCUGUAAACUGUGCCAACAUGGAAUAUGUUAUUGAUCGCCCAGCCAGCAUUACGACCCCUAAGCUCCAGAGCAGAUGGCAGCGAGCUCAGGCCCAAGGGUGAGAUAGAGCUAAUAGUUAGCCCUUGGUCAAGGUUAGCCGUUACAUCUCUCCACCCUCACAGACACUCUGUGAUAUAAUUACUCCCAGAGUCCCUACAUUGCCCUAAAAUACAGUUGGUGCAGGAGCUGCUGUGGCUGGUGGAAAAUGACACACAAUUUGGAGAAUAACACUGCAGGGGAGGGAAGUUUUGAAGAGGUGAGCCAAAAAGAAAUGAUAAAAGUGAAUUCUGGACAGCCUGGAGUGGAGUUUUAUUAUAGCCGUUGAGUGUUAGAGAUUGGAUUUUUUCAGGUGUGAUGGUAAAACAAACAAAAAAAAAGGCAUCCAGGUGAAAAAAAGAGAUCACUUUGGUGGAGAGGAAAAGGAAGGAGUGAGGAAGAUUUUUCAGGAUCAGACGAGGACUGGAUGUUGAGGGCUUCAUGCAAUAGGAUCCAGACAGCAAAUUGAUUAUGGAGCAGAAACACUAAUCCGCUGUCUGAGCCCCAUAUCGCUGCUGUAGACAGAGAAUCCCCACAGGAGCGCAAUCCUGCACCCACACGCAUCUUUCCCGGACUUCCUUGUCAAUACGAGCCUCCACUCCCACCACCUUCCCUCGAGCCUUUUAACAUAGGUACUCCAUGCCUGCCAAGAUUGGUCCUCCUCUGAAUAUAAAUCUUGUUUAGCUCCCUUUAGCCGAGACCUCUCAAGAAUUGUCUCAUCUCUUAGUGGUGCUCUCCAAAUUUCGAUUGCCCUCAUCGGUUUCAACCCUUCUGACUUGGACCAUGUAUAUGGGAUGGAUGGAUGGAUGGAUGGAUGGAUGGAUGGAUGGAUGGAUGGAUGGAUGGAUGGAUGGAUGGAUGGAUUCGUGAAUGGAUAGAUGAAUGGGUGGAUGAAUUCAUGGAUGGAUUGAUUAUGUGGAUGAUGGAUGGAUUUGUGGAUAGAUGGAUCGAUAGAUGAUGGAUUAAUGUCGUAGAUGGAUGGAUAGAUGGAUAGAAGGAUGGAUGGAUGAAGGAUGGAUGAAUGGAUGGAUGGAUGGAUGGAUCAAUGAAGAAAUUGUUUAAAUUUUACUUCAAUAAUUCUAAAACUCAAAAGCCCAUGCUAUCACCUGGCAUUUACCACUGUAAGAAAUACCCAUGCAUUACCCAAACCUGAAGUCUAUCCUUAACCACCAUGGACUUUCUGAAUUUAACAGAAACAGUAGUGUAACACAUCCCAGUGUCACUUACAGUUCAAAUAAACUCAGUUCAGUGGUUUAAAUUGUCAUUUCAAACUUAACAAAAGACAUGAUCAAGCAACAAAUCAAAAAAAUACAAUUUACAAAAUGUCAGCUUAUACCAGUAAUAUCCUACUUGGUCUUUUCCACAAAAAUGUCUGCUCUCUCACACAAACAACUUUCUUCUCUAAAUGAACUAAGUCUCCAUCCAGCUGAUUCAGUCAAAAGUAUGUGACGAUCAGAUACCUGCUGCUGCCCUUUUGAAUGUCUUUCAUUUCCACCACUCCUAAUCUACCCACGAAGCCAAAUCCACCUAUAUUGACUUUAUAACUUCAUGUAUUUCUUUGCCAUGUUUUUGUGUGCACUACUAAGAAUAGAAUGUGCCCUUAAUACGUAUUUUGUAGAAAAAAAAAUAACUUUGGUUAAUCUAAUAAUGUCACCCUAUUCAUCAGCAUUCUCAUUUUGUAGACGGUGAUCUCACCGAGCUUUAGGACAUCUGAAGUCAUCGUGCUACUGAUCAAUAGAGAGUGGGAGACCAUCCUUGAAACACCACUGCACACACACACACACACACACACACACACACACACACACACACACACACACACACACACACACACACACACACACACACAAAAAAAGUGGAAAGAUGGGGCUUAUUGCUUCAGUAACACUUUAAUUCCAGAAAGACUCUUUUAUGUUGACUCUCGGGAAGUGCGCUAAAGAGAGAAACAGAAACAAAGACAGUGAGACAGUCAAUGAGACGAGAAAGAUGUGCACAGAGGAAUCGCUCAAGUUCGACUUAAAUUUUAUGUUCUUUUAGGACUUAUGAGAAUUGGUUUUCGAAGAAAUGUUGAAGUUUUACUCUUUCGUAUGAAUACUUGGUAUACUAGGAUGUGAAGUCAUUGAGAAGUCGUCCUUAAGGUACUCCUCCAGGAUUGUUGUAGUCUUAAUUGAUAUGAAUUUUUUACCAUGAAUCAGUUUUUUUAUCUUUGAGUCAGCCAAUAUACAUAAAACCAAGAUGAUUUUGAAGUGGUGUUAAGCACAAACAAUAAAACACUUUACAGUUUACUCACACCUGGGAGAGAGAUUUCUCUCAGGUUUUUAGACUAUGCUGUUCAAAGCUAAUGUUCAUAUGCGUGUAGCUUAGACAGGUGUCCUUGCCCAACAAACAUGGACACCACACAAAGCAGGCAAUAAAACCAUUCAUUCAACAAUUACUUCCUCAAUUUUUUGUCAUUUUUAGCUUAAAGUACACACAUUUUUGUAUGUAAUGCUAGCUAAAUCUAGUUUGAGAUGGUCAUGGUUUGUCCUUCUCACAAGCAUAUGAAAUAACCUCUGUCUGAUAACCAUGUGACAUAAAGCUGUUUAUUAUCAGCUGUCAGACACAAAAACUUUUCCAAAACAAAAAGUUAGCAUGUGGAAAUAUUAGCCUUUGGUUACAUAGCUAAAUUUGGGGCACAGCUGCCUGCUAUGUGAUCUGCAUUUCUAAACCAUAGCUUUGAAAAUAAGUGUUCAGUUUCACAGGAGCAGACGAAAUACUAAACUCUGACUGGCACUACAGGGGGGAAUUGAAUUAUUUAUAAAAAUGAUGUUAGUAUUGGUAAACUCAACUCAACUCUACUUUAUUUGUUAAGCACUUUAAAACCACCACAGCUGAACAAAGUGCUGUACAUAACUAGACAAAACAUCGAAAUAAAAAACAAUUAAAACGAUGGAUAAAAUAAAAGCAGAAUUAAAAAGUAAACUAGGGCCCCGGUGGGGCACUGGCGGGCCCGAGCCGUGUCGCGCCGCCCCCAGUGCGACCGCCUACCCCUCCCGAUCGCGUCACACUCAAGGUCCAAAGAUGGUGUGCGCACUUGUCUGUGGUCAUUUACCAUUAUAAUGAAUGGGAGGCGCAGUUUCUACCAAAACGCUCGCUGCAGACAAACUCCAUGUCCUUUUUGAAAAAAGUCUGGACCAUGAGUGAGGGCACAAACACAGCUAGUAUAUAUCCAAAUGGCAAGUUGCUCCUCCUUUCGGUUUUGCCGAGAGAGCGAUGCGUUUGAGCCAUUGAGCGAUGGGCAGGAAAAACUUGACUUUUUCUCCUGCCAUGGGGGGGCGCUCUUUUGGGGAGUAAAAAUUCCUUCACAAAUGUGUUGAUGGCUGGACAUUGCAUCAUCCUAGAAAACUUGGAGGCCAGUGAGCACAAAAAUAAAAAGUUAUAAGACUUUUAAAAAUGUGGAUGUUUGGGUCCUCUUUGGCGCCCCCUAGAACGUAGACCGUGGGGUGCAGCGUCAUGAUUUUUACAACUUUGAAUGGCCAUGGGGUGUAGAUUGGCCUGAGCAAAUUUGGUGUCAGUGGGACGAAAGCCUUAGGAGGACUAAGCCACAUUCCAAUGUGUGCGAAUCUGCAAAAAAUGCGAAAAAGCCCUUUAACCGUACAUUUUACAGAUACGCGCGCAUUGACUUUUUCGUAGAUCUUAUUGAGAUGCACGUGAUUGUCAAAUUUUGUGUCAAUAUGACAAAGCGUACAGGCGUGACAUUCAACAAUGUGUAUUUUCGCCUUGGGGGACAAGAAAAAAUGGACUUUUUUCUCCUGCCAUGGGGGGGGCGCUCUUUUGGGGAGUAAAAAUUCCUUCACACAUGUGUUGAUGGCUGGACAUAGCAUCAUCCUAGAAAACUUGGAGGCCAGUGAGGACAAAAAUAAAAAGUUAUAAGACUUUUAAGAAUGUGGAUUUUUGGGUUAUCUUUGGCGCCCCCUAGAACAUAAACCGUGGGGUGCAGCGUCAUGAUUUGUACAACUUUUAAUGGCCAUGGGGUGUAGAUUGGCCUGAGCAAAUUUGGUGCCGGUGGAACGAAAGCCUUCGGAGGAGUUAGCGAAAUUCCAAUGUGUGCGGAUCGGCAAAAAAUGCGAAAUAGCCCUUUAACCGUACAUUUGACAGAUACGCCCGCACUGACUUUUUUGUAGAUCUUAUUGAGAUACACAUGUGUGUCAAAUUUUGUGUCAUUUUGACAAAGCGUACAGGCGUCAGGUGAGUUUUCACCAUAGGGGGCGCUAUGGAGCAAUUUUUCAUUUUUUUGUUUGGGCGACACCAGAAUAUCAAAUUUUUCACCAGGCCCGGUCGUCCUGCCAAAUUUCCUGAGUUUUCGCCAGUGGGAAGUGGGCCAUUUUCCAGUUUAAAGCGGAGGAAAAAUAACGAAAGAAGAAUCCAUCAGGAACAAGAGGGCUCUCGCAGCUGCUUAGCAGCUACGCUCGGGCCCUAAAUAUAGUUUCAAUGUUGUUAAAAACUAAUUUAAAAACAUAGAGACAAAUAACUAAAAACAAACCAUAAAACACUAAAACAGGAGUUCAAUAUAUAGCAAUACACAGCAGUGAUUCCAAGUAUUUUUGGGAGUAACAUCAACUUUAAGUUUGGGGCUUGUCAAGAUGUAGUCGACUGUGUCCUCUCUCAGUGACAAUCCCCCCUGUGUUUUCAUUUCCUACCAUUCCAUGCAUAGAAAGGGAACUGCAGCAAAGAAAAUAAGACUCCUUAUUAAAGUGUGCGUGGGAAGAGGAAAAGCCCGGUGCUUGUUUAGUUCAGGAGUUUAAGCAUGUGCCCCAUAAACAGAGGCUAUAGAGGUCAUCGUCAGUAUAAGAUAUAACUGAUAAGCUAGUUUCUCUGAGGAUUUAAGUUAUGAUUUGACUAUGUUUUCCUCAGACAGAAUUAAAGUUGAUUAUUUAAUGAAAUGCAUGAACUCUAAUAGUAUCCUUGUUUGGCUCGACUCUCUUUAGCUCAGCCCUGGGUUGUUUUAUACACAUUGGCUUGUCUAUAUGUUUUACACAGAUUUGUGUCAAGGUAGCAUCACCUUUAAAAAACCAUUAAGCAAAAGCGGCUGGUAUAAUUACGGUAUUCUUUUUUUUAUAUAUGUAGGUGAAUAGAGACUUGUUUUUCUUCUAAAUAUCUUGCAAACGAGCUGUGUUUCUUAAACUAUGUCUUAUCUACAAGGCAACGGAAGAAUACUGAGGAAUGAAAUGGAGCAGAUCAAAGUGUCAUAUUCACUCACAUUGCAGUCUUUUCAGAAAUACUUGAGAAAAAUCUCAGCGUUUAUCUGUGUGAGGUUUAUUUUGUUUGCUGAUAGAAAUAAUUUAAACAGUCGGGGGAAGAAAAAAAGAACUAAAAGUCUGGCAAACCCCAGGGCUUACAGCAUAAAAGCAUGUCAUCCUGAAGGAAGAAAGGGGAAAUGAUCCAAGGGUACACAACAAAAAAAGGAAGUGAAAUAGGCAGAAAUAAGUGACAUUAGGAAAGCAGAGGUUUAUGCAGCAACUGGUACAAAUAUAAAAGUAGAAAACUCUGUAAAAUUCAAGAACCUGGGCUGGUAAAAGGCUUGGGUCAAAACCUCUACUUCAUGGUUUAAAAACAAGAAGUCUAAAAGCUUCGCAACAUGUGGUGAGGUUGCUUUGCAGGAGUAAUGGAGGCUGUGUAAAUGUAUCAAUCCCACAGUUUAAUGGCACUUAAAUGGUAAAGCCCACUGGAGAGAGCAGCACUUCUAAUUGCAAAGAAAGGUCCACACAUCCAUCGCUGCAAUCAAUCAAGCCUCCUCUGUAACACAGGGGCUUGGGCCUCCUGCUUCUGCUAUUUUUAUCAUGCAUGCACCGGACACACAGACAUACACAGACACACAAGGGCACACAGGUAGAAUGUUAGCAUAUUCUGUCCUCUAAUUUUCUGUUCAAUUGUCUUCUUUGUCUCACCAUUUUCCCAAAUAUGAACACGAUUUAAUUAUGUGGCAUGUAUUUGAUAUAUAUAAACUGCCCUGUGUACUGUACUAAGACUCUGUAUGUGUUCUGACUAGAAUUACACAGUACAAUUGUGUGAUCCAACAUUAGCCUCACUAGUACUUUGUAAAUGGACAAGAUGACUAAGUACAAAACUCAACAAGAAUCUAAAGAUACCUUUUAGCAACCCUACAUUAAACUAGGGGUGGCAAUCACUCGUGGCCCCACAAUACCAUAUUAUCACGAUACUUGGGCCGUGAUACGAUUUUUCAGCUGUUUAGCUAAUCAGUAUUUGUCUUUCCUUUGUGUUUGUCUUAUUUAUGCUGUAUUUUAUUUUCAUGUAGCACAUCUUGCAAACCUUAUAUAUAUUUGUUGCACUUUUCCCUGCUCUAUGAUGUCACAUUUGCCAACCUCACUGGACAAACAGUUGAUUUUAUUUUUCCAUUAUCAUAGAUUUGACUUCAUAUUAGCAAUUAAUUUGAAAUAAUUGAUACUUGGUAAAUGAGACUAUACGAUUAUGUCUGGUGAUAACCAGACAUAAUAUUGCAUUACUACACUGUAUCAAUUUACUGAUGUACCUUAAAUGUACUUUGACACAAAUGAUCAGUUACUAUUCAGACCAUGUCAGAUCAACAUUUUUCAGGGUGUGCUGCAUGUGUGAACCAAGCAGACAGAUUUUUCAUCCCAACUUUGCCCAGACUUCUCCUACCAUCAUCUGAAUAAAAUAUCCACAUAAAGUAGGAGUGAGCUGAUUGCAGCAGGCAAUACUCAAGCGGGUGUGUGGAAUGGUGAUGAUUAUAUCACGCAAUCAAUUCCAGCCUGGAAGAGCGACACGUAAUAUUUUAGAUAAAACUAUCAGACUCCUUUGCAUGUGAAGCUGUGAAAAAUAACAGAUCCCUUCAGGGCAAAUUUCGGCUUAGAAAUUUUAAAAGACAUUGUACAACUCAGUGUUUCUGAUCUCAAAACUUGAUAUUUUAAGGUUUCUACUGCUUAGAAUAAUGACAGCUUCAAAAGUAACUGAAUUAUUUUUGUCGAUGCUUUGUGAAAUAUGAUCAUCUUCAUGUUUUUUAAACCCUCUGAAUGUGUGUAAUUGUUGAACUUGUGCAUUAAGACUGGGGGUGGGAAUCACCAGUGGCCCCACGAUACGGUAUUAUCACGAUACUUGGGCUACGAAACGAUAUUAAGAUAUUGGAAUUUUUAACAUUUUGCAAUUCAGUGAGCACUGCAAUACCAUAUAUUACAAUUCAUACAAUUUUUUCAACUGUUUAGCUAAUUCAGCAUUUGGCUUUCCUUUAUGUUUGUCUUAUUUACACUGUAUUUUAUUUUCAUGUAGCACAUCUUGAAAACCUUUGAUAUAUUUGUAUUUUUGUAUUUAUCAAGACUUGGUUAAUGAGACAAUACGAUAUAUCAUGAGACAAAGUAUCGCAAUUUUUUUCUCCCAUCCCCUAAUUAAGACUACUGUUUGCUAUGUCUCUCUUGUAAAAAAGAUCUCUUACUUUAUUACAGAGACCAAGUUAAUUGAAUUUUUCAGUGAUAGAAAAACAAUAAAACUGUAUCCUCAAUGAAUUAGUUGGAUAUGAAUGAUAGUAAGUUUGUUGUUAGAGCUCUGUAUCACUUAUCACUACUUGAAUAGAAAUGUGUUGUGUCCACCCUCCACUAUAAUCCUUUGUUAUAAUCUCAACAGUGGAAAUAAGGACCAGCGGUCAUAAAUUGCACAUAUUGCAGAAAUGUUUCUUCCUCUGCCCAGGGGGCUGAAGAAGUUUUGAGAAGUGGUUUCCAUUUCCAGCGCUUAAAGCAAACUUUUCUUAAAAUAUUCAGCAGAUGUGAUUUUAAAUGAGCUGUGUACAUUUUCCGUCCUAUAUCCCUCGUUCUCAAACCACUGCUUUCAAUCCCCCCAUCACUGCCAGCUCACUGCCAGAUGAGAGCAAUGGGGCAAAUCGCUCACUAUGUCUGGCUGAGUGACGGCUGUAGACCACCCUCUAUCAUGGCAUACAUUCACGCCAACGCACACACACACCCCCGACGAGAUGGGGCUGACAGGGAAACGAAGCGGGCACUUUGGGACACAGCUUAUCAGUGUGUCUGAGCUGCAUGCCCUUCACUGGGUCAGAUAGACGGGUUGGGUGGAGCAGGAGGGAGGCGGUGGGGUGCCAAGGGAGCAUGGCCAGAGGACACUGCACAGAGGGAGGGAAGGAGCAGCAUUUUCUCUAAUUAAAUAUUAACAUCUUCUUCUAUAAGAGGAGCCACUACAGGCCAUUUUGCCUUCAGACCACUCUGCGUUUGUGUGUUUAUGUGGACAUGCCCUCAUUUAAUAAUUUAAAAUGUCUCAGAGAUGCAGCUGUAUCUGUUUUCCUGUGUGUGUAAGGCCUAGCUGUUUUUUUCUGACUGUACUGAAACUUCAUAGCACACACACACACACACACACACACACACACACACACACACACACACACACACACACACACACACACACACAAGCACACACACACACUCUCUCUCUGUCUCUCUCUUUCUCUGUCUCUCCCUCUGUGCCUCUCUCAAGUCUUUUACUGUGCUGUCACUCUCUCGCUGUUUGUGUCUGUCUCUUUCUCUCCCGAUGUCUGUCUUUUUAUGACUCUCCGUUGUCUUUAUCUGUCUUCUCCUCUCUCUCUAUUGCUCCCUCUUUCCUGGCCAUCACCACUCCACGGGGGUGUAUUUGAGGUCCCAAAUAAAUUCAAGAUAUACACAGUCCAAACUGACAAACACAGAGACGUUGCAAUUGGACUACAAAAGACCAUAAGCAUGCAUAAUGCAUGCCAUGUGCACAAUGUCCCAAUUGUUAAAGUCUUUGUGUGUAACGCAGACAUUGUUGGCAUCAGCGUGAUUCAACAUCAAACAGUUUUUGUCAACGUAGGGAGAGGAGUGUGUGAGAGAAAAUAAGUCGAUGAAUGUAUGCAUGCGUGUGUGUGUGUGUGUGUUUUCCUGUUUGCUCUGUCUUUUGUGAUGACUAAUGGCAGUUAUUUGUUUCUGCUGAAACUUUCUCCUGAAUACUGAUAAGGUAAUUUACCGUCACAAAGAUGCCUCUGACUUUGGCUUGAAGUUAUCUCGGCACCAUCUAUUUCACUUUUGCGUGCGGGAGCAUCCAGAGUCCAUCCAAAGGUUCCAGCAUAAUAUGAUGGUUCAAAGAGCAUGGAAGCUGUCUAAUUGAAUAUCCUGCUGAAGUGACAGCUAAAUCAGUGCUGUGUACCCACCUGUCCAAAUGUAAAACAAACUAGACAGUCAGAACAAAACAACAGGACGAGAACAUUGUCGAACAGAAACACCUUCUUUGAUAUAAUGGUUUUGCAGUCUUAAUUGACAGACAAUGAGUUUGAUGUUCUUCGGGGAUUUUAAUUUCACUUGACUGGUUUACGACAAUCAUAGAAUUAUUACCAUACAGGAAAGGAAACAUUUCUUCAUUGAAAUGCAAUCAGACCGAGACGCUAAGGCAGAAUAACUACCAUGUCUGCAGUGCAAAAUGAUAAAUUUGGUGAUUAUUACUCCAAGGAAAUGAUAAAGAAAUGGUCAGAAAUGUUCUUCCUUGAGCUGCGUCACUCCGCAGCAGUACGUAAUGUACUGGCCUGAGGUCUUGCUACAAACAAACAGCUGCUGGAUGAGGGUAGCUGAGUUGUGUUUAGUCUCUUUGCUAAAGAAAUCAGGCAAAACUAAAAAGAUGUUUGGUGGCUAGUGCUAUGGCUAGGAGCCUAUAUGUACUGUUGAUGAAGUUAGGUGCUGUUCUGAGCAUUAUUUGUGGCUAUAGAGUAGCAUUUUGGUUGAGGUUUGUUUAUGGCUCCUCAGACUGCUCUUAUUGCUAUCCUGCGGUCAUUAUUAAAGUUGGUAUAACUAUAGCAGUAAGCAGUUGGCAAUAUUCAUCUCUAGAGGGGAUAUCUAAUGCGGUGUUACGGUGUGUUUGACCCUAAAUUAAUUUUAUGCUUGAAUAUCCCUUUAAAUUGAUCAGCAAAUACACCAACUCAGUGCUGUAACAGGAUAAAAAACAACUUUUUCCACCAAAAAUUUGUCCUCCCUUUCAAAUGAGUAGCCAGCACAGUAAACUUCACUGCCAUCAUUAAUGUGUUAUUACUGCAUUUUAAAACUAGUGCACUGUUUUAGCACAGCAAAGAAAUGCAGAUUUCCGGUCAUGUAUCAUUACAGCAAACAACAAGAUAGAGUGAACAAUGGAUGUUUAAUUCCGGACUAGUUGACAGUCCAAAGGUUCAAAAGCACCCAGAAAACAGUCAAAACUGAGCAGAAUAGGGUUUCAGUGCCAGCUUGGACACGAUAUUAAGACUGGGGAUGUCCCCAUACAACUUUUUUACUUCCCAUGAAAUACAGACACUGUAGCCUUCAGUAUUGGCCAAUACCAGUAUUGAUCCGAUAUUGGCACAAAAUUGUGUAUGACAAGUUUCGCACUCUGCUGUAAUGUCUCUUUCAGACUUCAAUGAAAAUUACAGCCACACAGCUAACAUCACUCCCGCUCCUUGCUACUUUGUUAUUACCCUAGUAUGUCUGAGUAUAACCAAUAUCUGAUAUCAAUAUUGUAUCAGGACACCCCUAAUAAAGACAUUGCAAUCAUUUCACAUUUCCCAUCAUACCUGGAACUCCUGGGGUUUGUUUUUCAAUUUGAAAUAGUGCCUGCUGUCUCCAGAUGACCACUUUCUAUCAUCUAUGUGACUGCUUAUCAAUCAGGAAGAGGUGAAAUGACCACAAACCAUGACUGCUGAGUGUGGCUACUGUUAGCAGUGCUAGCACCAUCAACCCCAGAAUCAGCCGGUUUUUACACAUAUGAGGAAUUUGUCUUGGUAUUUUGGUCCAUAAACAAUGAAAACAGAAGAACAACAACAAAAGAAGGAAAUAUAUUCUUACAAGGAGGAGCAUGGGAGUUCAGGUCAGGUGGAAGGCAGCGGUGGGUCAGGGUCUCAUUUAUGAGGAAACUUGUGUUGUGUCUGGGGUAAUAGGGGUUGGUCACAAUCUUACCUGCAAGCCUUAAGGUCCUGGAGGUGUACCGGUCCUGCAGAGAUAGCCGGUUGCAGUUUUCUGCAGAGUAGAUGAUUCGCUGCUGCUCGCUCUUGUCUUCAGCAGCGGCUGCAGCAGUUCAGAUUCUAAUGGAAGAGGGGAGGAUGGAGGUGAAAAAGUGCACCGUCAUUGUCUUUGGCAGUUGAACUUUUUCAGCUACUGCAUGAAGUACACCCUCUGCUGUCCUUUUUUGAUCAACUCCCACUUUAGCUCCUGAGUAAUGAUGGUCCCGAGGAAGUAGAAAGAAUCCACUUGGAAACUCAGGAGUCUCAGCAGGUGAUGGGGGCGGACAUGGCUGGGUUCCACCUAAAAUCCACAACCACCUCCUCUUUCUCUUCAGCAUUAAGCUCCAAGUUGCUGAAACAAAACAAAACAAAACAAUACAACACAGUCCGAAAUGCCAAAUUGCUGAUCUGCUUUCCCAUCUUGGGUCCCAGAUGUCUGUGCUUAAUGUUACCCAUUGUUCCGGUUAAAGCAUUAGGGAGCAGUCUGUGCAGACACAUAACCACUGCCAAAAUGCACUGCUGACACAAGAUGCCAUUUGCUCAUUUGAGCUUUUUUGCAUCUGGGACGUAGAGCAAAGAGAGCAAUCCCACUGACUACAGCUACAGCCUUGGCUAGUGGUAGGAGACUGGGCUACAGCUUAGGCAGCAUUCAUUAGCAUUGUGGGUCUAAACUCAUAGGUUUGACAGUCUAGUAAGGCAGAAGGAAGGUUGAUAAUGUUCAAUUAAAGCGCCAGUGAGGAAAAUUGAGCUAUUUACAAAACAGACUAAGAUUGAUAUAGAAGCCACUCUGUGACCUACAUAAGCAAAGGAGACCAUCAGUGGCAUGAUUGAUUUUGUUUUUAUUGAGUUAUUUUUAGUGCUAAAUCCUCUGAUAGGGGAGUGGUGUCACAUGAUGAACUGUACAUGAGCAAAACAGCCUUUUUUAAAGAUUUUCAAAUGAUGCCUGUUACAUUUGAGACAACGACAGGACAAAUUCAGCUAACGGAGAAGAAAACCCCUUUUUCAACAGGUGGUGCAAAAAUCAACACUGUAGAAAGGUCACUGCAAGAGCUUUUAAGAGUUUUUCCAACCUUUUUGUUUGGAGUGGUCUCAAAUCCUUCUUUUUGACAUUUUCUAGGUUUCCCUGAAGUCGUUUGGGGAAGCCAAAAACCUGCAGGAUUCACAUUGAGCGUGUUCCAUAACCGUCCUAAACUGUCACCAUCGGGCGGUGCGUGUCAUUGCCCGCUGGAAGUGUGUUUGGAGCGUAGCAGCAGCGUAGUGCAGCAUCAGGCAGCUGGACUCACUAUAGAGGAAACAACAUACUCACAACAGGUUGUUUUGCCUUUCUGUGGUCUAUUUCCUGAUAAUUUGGAUUUUAUUCUGUGGCUGUUGUGCUUUUACUUUUUGUUAACAAGCAGCAAGAUUUUAGGGUUUCAAUUUUUGCAGGUUUACUCGUUUUUAGUAAAGUAAAUUAUGUUCCUCUAUGCCGUGCUGUUACCUUCAGACAGAGUUAGCUGCUAAAAGUCCACAUGGAUCAGAGACCGGUUGUCCUGUGUUACUGAUAAAUCCAUAACUGGGAAGUAUUUCUCAUUUACACGAUCUGGUAAACAGUUAAGAGUCCACAUAUGGAGUAUUUUUUUGGAAUUUACCAAAUGACAUGCACCUCACCUGUGCGUUACAUUCUGUCUAGGAUGAUAUUCUCUGCACAGAUUGACUUGCGCUGGGUGCGUGCUCCGUCAAAAAUAGACUUGGUGUGUAUCUUUAGUGAAGCAGUGUGUAGGGAUGCUUCUGGAAUGGAGCUGAGAUGCAUCCUUUGGGUGUUGCUAUAUUGAUUAGAGUGGGAAUGUAUUUGCUGCAUAGCAUGCAACACUGACGUAACGCAUCCAACAUGCAUCCUAUGGGUUUUGGGCCUAAGGGUUUCAGAUAUGGGUGAUUGCUGGCCUCAAACCUUUUGAGAUUGUUAUUGACAUUAUUAACAAAGCCAAAUAAAAACAAGUUUUUCCUCUUCUCAAAUCAAGCAAAUCUUAUCAUAAAAUGUCUAAAAUUGGAAAUAAAUCUGCUUUUCUGUUAAAAAAACGAAGUCCUGAGACUGCGUCAAGCUAAUUUUCCUCAUAUGAAAUUGUUUUUCAUUCCUGAGGUCAGAGAGGAAAGUACUCUGUGCUUUACUCUUUGGAUUUGGCAGUACGAUGUGAAAGUAAUAAAACUGUGUCCACACAAGGCUGCUGCUAUACAGGUUUCAUACUGCUACUAUUGGAUAAAGUCCGAAUCAACUAAUAUAAACUAAAUCAGGUAUUGAAGUCGCUAUCAGGGGAGAGCGGUAUGUGAAAAUCUCUUUUUAUUAGCUGUACCAUAUAGGCCUUUGAGCAGCAAAGCACACUGUAUAUAUAGAGUUUGACCAGAGCUUUAGGAGCGCAUCUUUUAUCGAUCUGCUGUGUAGAUAGAUACACAUACUGUAGUCUGUGAUCCCAGAGAGCAGAGAGCCAGCUGUAAGUGCCUGGGAUGCAUUCGAGGCUACAGUACAGUGUGGCAGAAUCGGGUUACUGCCGUGUUUGUGCUGAUGCUCCCAGCCCGUACUGCCCAUGAAUAAUGGAUUGUUAAUCCAUGUGUGUAAAAUACAUCUCUCUCUUUCUCCCACACACCUUUCUUUCCCCUCUCCAACAAGGCUCUUCUUGCUAGCGUGCAAAGGUGUGUUUGCACUCGCACUUCUUUUGUCUGUGUGUGCGUCUCCCUUCAGAAAUCAGUGUCAGCGGCAUUGUGACUUUUUUACCUUGAGAAAAAGCAAUGACUGUCGGUUUUAUUCUGCUGACAUUGAAAAGCUGGUAAGAGAGUGUAAUUGAACAAUUUAACAAGGACUACCACAGAACCUCUUUAAAUAUUCAGUUUUGUUGAACUUUGCCGUAAAGAAUAAAAGACAUAGAUUUAAUACAAGGCAAUGGCUUGAGAACAUUUGCAAUUCAUAUUUUUUACAUCAGGCUGCUGCUGUCUUCCAGAGGGAUAAGUUGAAAAAGAAGUUGUUUGUCUGUUAACAUCAUUAGAGGUUAUGUCAUAAUAAAAACAGUGCAAAAGGAGAAGAUAAAUAGAAGUGUUGGUAGCUGUAAAAUCUUGAGCCUAGGUAUGAGGCAGCCAGUCUUAGAUGAGCGGGUGUGUGAGGAGGUGUAUUUCAACACAGAGGGAGAUGUGUGGUGACUGCUGAAGAGGAAAAAAAAAAGUGUGAAGUAAAAGGAGGGUGAUAACAGCAGUGUUUCAGUGUGCUUUCUGGGCAGGUUGGUAAUACAGAAUGGAAAGGUUUGAAAAAUGGGCGAGAGCACAGCGAAUCAUAUUUCUGCAGGCUGCAGAGCACGAAACAGCGACUAUGACGAAGACUCAGAUGGUGCGCUUCAUACGAGCUUCCUGCUAUGAACAUGUUAUCUCCUCCAGUGGUCUAUAUUUUGUUCUAUCUGCUCCAACACUUACCUCUCCCUGAUAACCAAGCACUAUCUAAUGUUACUCUAUGUUUAACAUGAUACCCAGACGCUUAUGCUCAUCUUUGCUCAGUCUUUUACUGUCUCUGCGGCUGUAAAUUGAGGCGGAACAUGUCAGGUUUAUGCCACGCUGUAAAAUGUGUUGAUGUGUUAUUAUCCACUUCAUCAUUUAUGGGUACGGAAAAGUGUGUUCCUAUGAGUUGCUGUUCUCUCUCUCUCUCUUUUUCUCUCUCUCUCUCACACACACAGCCUGUCUUGUUAAUUUCUUUUCUCUGCACCUGCUCAUUAAAUUACUUGUGCAGACUUCUCUGGCUGUCCCGUCUAAUAAUCACAUCGUGAUGGAGUCCUCUGCAGUUUGAGAGGGAACGGUAUUAAAAUAGAAAAUAAAUCCAAAUGUGUUAAUUACCGCUCACUUUCCCUUCCUCUAAAAUCAGAUAUUUCCUGUGUGACUCUGUGUGCCUGUGUGCGUGGCAAUGUGUGUUUAUGCACACAUGCAAUUAUUUGAGAGGAAGAAAGUGCAAAAAAAAUGAGAGUGCAAAUGUGAUAGAAGAUGGUGCAGUGAGGAAGAAAGUUGGUAGACAGCAGAAGAUGGUUUGCGACACUGAAGGUGCAGAUGUUGUGCUUUUCUGUUUUGCUUUGUUUAGUUGUUUUUUUUAUCUCCCUCAAAUAUCAUCGCACAUCUGGAGAAAUGUAGCUGUGAUUGAAUGACCUUCAGGUUUUGAUUUAUUCCUAGUCUUUCAAAUCAUGCACCGUGUCCACUGAAUUUUCUUGCUGUCAGGCUGUAAAGCCUGUGUGCUCCAUCUGUAACAUCAAAUUAGAUGGCAGUAAGGAGUAUUCAUGUUUUCAGUUAUUAAUUAAAGUGACAACAAAGACGCAGUCAUGCUGGGGGCUUUGUGUUCCGUAGUACGCGAAGAUCUGAAUGCUGUCAUACCCGCACACACAAAAUAAACGUACUUUUGCAGUUUUUAAAGUCACCAUGUAAAUAAUUUUCAUAAAUCAGGGUAGCCUGAAACAAUUGGUAGAUGCCAUCGCACAGGAAAGUAAGAGAAAGUUACAGAAAGUCAGUAGUUUGCAGGUGCUCAUCCCAUAGUUGUCGUGAUGUUUAAAUUCUGACCCUAAUGAGCCACAGAAGACCAACAUUACCCUGCUAGCCUGAUUAACAGUUGCAACACCAGCACUAAACUCAAGUGUUGGAAAGUAAGCAAAUGCUAACACGCAUAAAUCUGCGUUUUUUUGAGUGUCCACUUCAGACUGACUCCACAUAUCAAACAGACAUCUUCACUAAAUGGCCUUUGUGCCUCUGUUUCUAUUGUUAUGCUAGCAAAAUUAUAAUUAAAUGGUAUGCACCGAACCUGCCAUCUCUCAAUUGUUGGCUCAUUCUGUGAUUUUUAUGUGUCCGUUUGUCAGAUAGUACAUGGGAGUUUGGUUUCUACAUGAUAGAGGCAGUCUGUAAUGACAGAAGGAGCUGGUUAUUGCGAGUUACAUGGUACAUGUAGGUCACCUGCAAAUCUUUUCCCAGAGAUUGGAGCAAGUAAAUGGCAUGUCUGCUACAAUCCACUUGCUCUCUGAGCAUCUUUAAAUUUGAUGAAUUACAUUAUCCCAACAAUGGAUCUAGACUGUUAAACUCUGAUGACCAAGGGUGCCUAUCACUAAGGGUGGCAAUCACUAGUGGCCCCAUAAUACGACAUUAUCAAGAUACUUGGGCCACGAUACAAUAUUAUAACACAUUUUUAAAAAUUUGCAAUAUAGUGAGUAUUGUGAUACAUUAUAUUGCAAUAUUUUUUUUUCAACUGUUGAGCUAAUUUAGCACUUGUCUUUCCUUUGUGUUUGUCUUAUUUACGCUGUAUUUAUUUUCAUGUUGCACAUCUUGCAAACCUUUUAUAUAUUUGUUUUACUAACUUUCUCCUGCUCUAUGAUGUCACCUCCAUCAAGCUCACUGGACAAACUGUUUUAUUUUUCCAUCAUAGAUUUGACUUCAUAUUAACAAUUAAUUUGAAAAAUCAAUACUUGUUAAAUGAGACGAUACGACAUAUCACCAGACAAAAUAUCGUGAUACUUCUCCAAAUAUGGUCAUGCCUAGCUCCAGAAAAGUCAAACCCGAGAACACAUUUACAAAACCAUUGGGUGAUAUGAUGGUUGCUUCAUCUGAUAAUUUUACAGUCAAACAUAAAUACUGGCUUAUUGAUUUUAUUCAUUAAUUGAUUGAAUGGAGAGGGCUAUAUUCUGGCGUCAGUCAGUAGUGUUACUGGGAGGCCUCUGAUUUAUACUGUACAGUUUAUCAGAUCUGAACCUUUGACAGCUGGACUGUAAUGACCAGCAAAUGUCAGUGAUGUCAUGCAAAAUCACCAGCUGCCAAUCAUUGAGUUACUAAUUGGCCUGAUGGGCAGAUUGCCUGCCUGUGCUAUAGGCAAUCUGUGAGGAGUCCUGAGUUGUAUGUAGCGUUGAGACAGACAUGAUUUGGUUGAGAUCAGGCUGAUAUGACGAAGUGCACAGGGAGUCUGAGCAAUUAGAGCUUCCUCUGUUUCUUUCUGAAGCUUGUCAGCAAAUUAAAAUAAAACAGGACAAAUAAGCCCCAUGGAAAGUCUUUCCACAUUAGCACAUGCUCCUUCAUAUUUCAUCUUUCUCUAUCAAACACACAAAAUACACACUUGGACCCACACACCCCGGCUCUUGGUGCUCUGUCCACAAGGCAGCUUGUCAUACCCAAUCUGCGAAAACUUUUCCUUCCACCCAAUCAUGCAUGCAACUUACACGCACACACAAGGAAAAGCACUCAGAAGAUGUCACACUGUGUGUUAACAUUCAUUACUUAUUCUUAAAGCGCACAUAAACACACACAUGCUCAUGAACACUUGAACACACACUUGCAUAGUUAGGAUAAUUAGUGGUGAGAUGGAAGAAAGAGCUGUCUCUACACUGGGAGGAAGAUGCUGCCACACACAUAUGCCUUCCUCUCAGCGUCUCACCUACUUUGUCCCUUGCAACCAGUCUCUCUCUGUCUCUGUCUCUCUCUCACACACACACACACACACACAAACAUAUACACACACACACGUGCACAUGGUGGUGUGUUAGCCUUCAGGUGGAAUUACAGGUCUGAUUUCAGCUUAGUGGAGAUGCAGGAGGACGAUAGUGGCAGGCUGAACCGAGGGGCAAUGAAUCAGUGCCUUAUCAGACCUCUGGCCUCAGGUAUGAAGUGUCAACACAGGGACAGCACACACACAAACACACACACACACACACACACCAUUGGCAAACAUCUUAGUUCCGCAGUUGGACAGAGCAACAGCGUCACAGCACAUGUGUCACACGGCUCAGUGGGGCAGUUGUCAGGACACUCUCCCUCUCUUCCAGUCCACACUCCGUCCCUCAGCUUACUUAUUCCCCCAGCGCGAGGAAGGAGGAGGACUGAAGGUUGGCAUGUUUAAUUCAGCAGCCUCACGACAGGCCCCGUCACAGCCUAGAUUUAUAGGACUGCCGAGAGAAGAAUGAGGAGAUAGUUGGGAUUUAAAUGCCUCAGGAUGCUAAUGGGAGAUUUAGCUUGCACUUUGGAAAAUCACCUUAAUCCGGCGUUGUUCUGUGAAAAGAAGGAUGUGAACGAAAUAUGAGAGGCUUUUAAUUAGAUUUUUUUGAGUCAAAUCCACAGAUGGAGAGACGUUAGUGCUUUUAGAAUAGAAAUUUUGUCGACAUUCACAUGUGAUUACAGAUUAACAUCUAAUUUCAAAGGUUGCGGCCGCUUUUGGAUUUGAAUAAGAAAAUAACAAAAUUGCGUCUAGUUUCCUGGAGAUGAAGUACGUGAUUGAGGCGUAUCACCUUCAGGAGAAGACAGGCUUUCAACGCUGAUGUUUUACAGGAUGCAUUAAUGCACAUAAAAGUUUAUUAGUCAGGGGGCGCUGGGAGCUGUCAAGCCCCAUUGCUUUAUUUCUCUGCCAUGAUGCAUCUCAAUGCUGUUUCACUAAGAACAAAACAACAAAUUUACAGACUAAUAAUGGUCUCAGGUUGUGCAGCCAUGUCUGUGAGGUCUGGUUCUUACACUUCUACAUCAUAGCACGAAAUUUACCUUUAAUUUUUUUUUUUUUUUUUUUUAUGUGGGUGGAGAUCAUAACCGGUAGUCUUUGAUGUUGUUCCAUGAGGAUGAUCUUUGUGCUGCACCCUGAGGGAGGUCCUUUAUUCCACAGUGUGUUUAACAUUCUGCAGAGGGAAAAGCAGUUAGGGAUGGAUAAGGCAUAUGAGACUUUUAUCAGGCGAGAUGGCAGUUGUGACAGUCUGGAGCUCAGGUUUUCUGGGCUGUCUGUCUGGGUGUCCUUCACACCGAGGGCUUGGAUGAUGGAGCUUGGAUGCAGGGGAAGGGACGUUUUCAUGUGACAGAAGGCUUUGCCUAAUAGCCGCUCUGAUCGCCAACUCUAUCUGUUUUUCUCGGUCUCAUAGAUACGCCCCCUUUUUUCCUCUUCCUUCUCCUCUUCUCUGGCCAUAUGCGCCUCCGACAUCCCUUCAUCUGUGAUUGAGGAGAGUGCAGGCAGAGGAGGGGUCCACAUCAUCACUCCAUGUGUGGUGUAAACAGGCUUUUAAUUUUCCAAACCUCUUCAGAGCGAUCAAGAUUCCGGGACAGGCACCUGGGCAGUCGGCUGAUUAAGGUGGCGCCGGCGUUCUGCUGUUAGAGAAGGGGGGUUGUUUGAAACAGGCAACAGGGGGCAGCUCUGCCAGUCUGCCAAGUGUGUGGGCGCUGCUGUGACCAGUCAGUCUUCAUAAUGGCUGUCUGGCUCUGGGACAAAGCCAGCUCACCGGUCACAUGACUGACUGACUGUGCAGACCAGGCGAGGAAGGGCUCCCAUCAGUAAGCGUGGAUCAAUGGCGCCUGCGGAGACGGCAAAGGGCAGAGAGGGUAAAGCAUUACAGAUGGAGAGUGGGAGGAGAAAGGAGAGUCGACAAGUAAAAAGUGGAAAAGUGAACUGAGGAAGAAUAGAGAGUGGACCAGGACAUGAGAAUACACUCAACUGAAAGUCAGCAAAGAGUGAGUGGAAAUGGCUGAACAUAAGUCCAAAGUAAAAGUGAGACAGGGGACAGCACAGGUGCUUACUAUUCAUUACCUCUAAGCUGAUGCUGUGUGCUCUCUGAAGGACAGAUAAAAGUUUAUCGUUCUAAUAUGAAUUUCUCUUCCUUUCUCACGUCUGUGGAUUUGAGAUCCAAACUUCAAAGCAGUAUUAGAUACCAGCAAAAUUUCAAUUUCAGUCAAAGGUUUAGUCUGCAUUUAAAGUUUGUGUUUAAAAAAAAACACACACAGGGGAAAGAAUUGCCUUGCUUGGAAGGGAUCAGAUAUCCUCAGACCUGAAUAAUGAAUCCAGAUCAACCUGGUGCUCUGCUCUAGAUACGGAAGUUCAAUAGGUUCAGUAUUUGGGUUUUUUAUAUUUAACUAGGCUGACAAAGCAGGUAAUCAAGAGAGAUGUUCUGAGCUUUCACACAUUUCAGGGUUAGGAAUUAAAUUCAAUUAUUGCAAAGGAACAAAUUUAGCAGAGGAUUUAGAGACAGAUUUUCACUGCAUGAAGAAUAGUCAUAGAUCUGUCAAAGAGUACCGGUGGGGGGUGCAUCUUUGAUCCAAAAUCAGGUAAUAAACGUCUGCAGCCGCACUAUCAUCCUUGUUGCUCUUGAAGGUGAUGUAUUGGAAGCAAGGAAAAUGAGCCAGUGUAACAGUGUGAGCCACUUAGAUGAGGACUGCCAUCACAUUACUUAGUUGUGAUGGUAAGAUGACUGGGUCAGAGUGUCCCCAAAACUGCUGCUCUCCUCAGGUGUUCACACUCUGGAGCAGUCAAUGAAGGGGGUUCGAGGAGGAGGAAGUGUUGCAGUGGUGACAAUGUUCUGGGCUGAAAUUCUCGUGCCCCCACAAAUCUCAUAAAUCUGAAACAGGCUCCAGGUUUGAUGUGGUUUUUGAUACCAAAGCCUAGUCACUGUGUGUCCUACAGCAUUGUAGAACUUAUUUGUAAUUGCACUAUGUGAGCACCACAAAAUACAACGUUAUUUUCGACUUGUUUUGAGUCAUCAAUGAGCGCAUGAAUUCCUGUCGGACCCACUUCCAUUAAUGUGAAGGGUAACGUUCAAGCUGGUCUAUAUAGCGAGUAGCGCGUGUAACUUAACAUGAACGUAACAGCGUAGCUCCUUGAGCGGCAAGUGUCCCCCCCACGGCCACAGCAGCGCCACUGAUAUAAAAAAUUCUUGGGAAAACACUGAAUUGUGUGUUUCAUUUCUUAGACUAUUUACAUCAGCCCAUCACUACGGUGGCCCUGAGGUGCAAAACACAACGGCAAAUCAGAAAGCACAACAGCAAAAAGAGAAAACACAACAGCAAAUCAGAAAACACAAUGGUUAAUGUUGUGUUUUCUUAUUUGCCGUCAUGUUUUCUCUUUUUGCUGUCAUGCUUUCUGAUUUGCCAUUGUGUUUUCUUAUUUGCCGUUGUAUUCUGCAUCUCAGGGCCACCGUACAUGAGUAUGUAAAAACGCUGGGUCUAUUUUUUCCUGACCUAAAUCCUGUAGCUGGGCACAUAAACUGGACCAUACUUGUAUGUUACAGAGUGAUGCUUUCACUUGAUGGAUUGGAAUAUGGCCAGAGUUCACCGACCACACAGAAAAUUGAAUUAUGGUCAACUGCUAGGUGUAUUUUUAGUUUAAAGUGUCAGACUUGGUGUCACACUGGAAAGGUGAGGCUCAGACUCAUGGAAUUACAGUGUUUACUAGCGAUGCAUGAUUGACUUCAACUUUUAUCAGUCUGAAAUCUGUGCAGGCCCAAUGGGACCAGUGCUCUGCCAGUUUUCACAGAACAAAGCAUUUUACUUCAGCAAAAGUGUGUAAACUGUGACAACUAAAGCCAUCAGUCACCGGGUUCUCUCUCGCAACAAAACCAUAACAGCUACUUUCACUUUGUAUCACCUUUGUAUCUGUAGACAAUGGGCAGUAGACCACAGUGAGCCAUUUAUCCCAUUUCAUAAACAGCCCUUGGGCUUCUUUAUGGCUCUCGGUUUACUGCCUAUUGUAAGCGUGUUGAAUGAAUCAUGGCUAGAAAUGACACUGUAUAACCUCCUGAAGAUCAAACCUCUUGUUAGCAGACUCCAUCCAACCCGCCUGUCCUCUCUCUCUCUUUUUAGUGAUACAGUUGGGGACCAUUACGGUGAUUCCAUUAUCUCCUCCUCGCUGUCCUCCAAGGGAUCUUCUUAACGUCAUUCAUUGCCAUUUAAUUUGUGGCCAAGAGUAUAAUGGCCCUGCAAAAUUGGAUGGCGCAGUCCUGUUCCUACACAGGAGGGUGCUGUUAUGGAUAAUUGUUGAUUGUCAGAUUGCAUCUCGUUGAAGAGCGGUUAUUAAAGAAGUGUUGUGGCAUGUUUUUCCACACACAGUCAUAACCCUAAAGCAAGUGACAACAGGGUUUCUUGUCCUCCUCUUGGAGUCAAUUGUAAUGUCACAAUCAAACUAAUGAGUGGAUCUAUUUUUGUGGUCUACAUGGGUGGGGUCGCUGCAGUUCUCCCCAAUUAAUCCCUCAAUUGCCCCUGUGGCCACGGAAAAUGUAAAACAGCUAAAUGAGCCAGUGUAAGAUAGAGUCUUCACCAUAGUUUAAUGCCCUUAUCUGUACAGCUCUGCAUUAAUUCCUCUGUAUGAUUAACGGCGGGUACCUGAGUCAAAGUGAGCGAGAAAUGAGUUCAUGGAGGGAUAACGGUGUUCAUGCAGCUCCUCACACCUGCUGUGGCAACAGAACAAAACAGCGUGAUUAUUUUCAUCGGACGAGUGUUGUGUUACGCUUCACUGGACUUUUCCGCCUCACUGUUUGAUGUAUGUUUUGAGAGGCAUCUUCGCCGUAAUACAUGCACCAUGUUUGGAGGUGGCUACACGUAAUCCCGGGUCAUAUGGGUGCACACCACACUUUGUGAUGUACAUUUAAAGUAAUGGCAUGCAUGAACAUGAGUAUGAAUGGGGCCUACUUGAGGCAAUGCAUCUGCUGCUUAAUGAGAUGGGUUCAUCCUUACCUCCCGCAUUUUUGCUGUUGAUGAAUAAGCUCCGGUGCACAGAAGGGUCAUAUUAAAAAGCCCCUAGCCUAUUGCACUCAGUGCUAUAACAUAUUAUCUGUUGUCCCUUUAUUUCCUCCAUAAACCGAUUAAGUCUUUAGAGCAUCAUGGAAUCACCACUCAGUUUUACAAUGUUUUCAAGAAGGAGGAGAAUCCCAGUAAGCUGAAGCAAUCAGAGAGCCAGAAAAGAGGCCGGAUGGUCCUUUUUUUGGAGAGAUUCAGGACGUUUUUUCAUCAGUUUUUUUAAAUCUCUCACUGAUCUUCAGGAGUUAAGAUUCAGUCAAUAAUUCAUUUUAUUUUAAUGUGGGCAUAAAUUGUACAUUCCUGCAUAUUUGAAGAGUUUCAUCCCAAAGUGAAAUGUAAUUACAAAAAGACUCAUGUGCUUAUUUCAUAUUUAAUAAGAGAACAGAGAGCGCUUGUCUCGUUUUGCUCAGGCUGUCAUUUUAGAUUUCAGACUGUAACAUUCGGCUGUGUGAAGUCUGGAUAUAGUGAGUGUAGACAGUUAUAUUUCCGGGAAGAAAAAAAAAUGCCUCAGUCCAAUAAAUCACUUUGUAAACAAAGCCAAUACUGCUGAGACGAGGGCUCAACAGGGGUUGCUGCCCAGAUGCAGGCCAUAAAAAAAUGUGUCAAAUUUAUCAUAAAAACGCCCAGGGAGAUUUGACACCAGUGUGGGUAAUUCUUUCAUCUCAUGGAGGAAGAGCAGUGCAGUGGUUUAUUUUUUGUCUACAGGCAAAUCACUAACAUCAUAAAUCCCUGCAUGUUAGCUUCCCAGAGUUUGUGUGUGUGUGUUUUACUAAAUCAAAAAAAUAGGGAUAUGAAAUGGACAGCACUGAGUUGAAAAGUUAGACAAAAACCAGAGCAAAACUAAAUCAAAACUUAUGCAAUACAUUAUAAACAACUUUUCCGUACCUCUCUUUGCAUUUUUGUAGAGCAAUGAAUUGAUCAACUCUUUCUUUAUGGAGUUUCAAAUCUAAAGUCAAGAUCGUACUUACAGAGACCUGCCAGUUAUUCACCUAAGAGCAAGUACAUGGAAACACUGAUAAUGAAAAACUUACCUAACAAGGGUCCUGUCAUUUGUAGGAUGAAUAAAACAUUUAAAGACUCAAAGAAUCAACUGUAAAACUUGAAAAAUGGCAACAUGAAAUGCUGAAAUGUGGGUGUGAUUUAUGGCCACCCCGACAGAUCCAAGUGUUUUUCACAUUUGAAACUGUCACAGUGGCAAAGAAAAACUCCCUUUUAACAGGCAGAAACCUGGAGCAGAACCCAGCUUAUGUAAGACAGUCAUCUGCUGCUACUGCAUUGGGUUUAGAUAGAGAAAGAAAGAUGGACAGAGGCUAGAUUGAUGUAUGUAGUUGAAGCAGUUGGAAAAUAGGGAGGACCAUGACAGCAAAACGUCUACAGCAGCAUUCAGAGGAACCUACGGCUUGAUGGAGCUCAAGGACUCCCAGAAAAGACUUUGGAUUAGUGACUUUAAUAGGACAUGAUGAUUUAAAGUCAAUAGUACCAACAGAAAGAAACAGUAUUUUGGUCACUGCAGUUCCCAACAACCUGACCAUGUUACCUCUUUUCACUUUGAGCAGGGUUCAAGUCCCCCACCCAUAAACUGAUCAUGGAGAGAAGAACAUCGAAGACAGCAAAGUCAUCUUACAAAUUAAAGAAAUUCUACACCAACCGCCAGCUUAAACAAAGUGCAAUAUCCUAAUGAUUUUAUAAUUGAAGAGAGCAAUGAAUGAAUGAGCAGUAAGUUCAGUUAAUUGGACAUGCAAGAGACAGACAAUGACCACCCACAGGAAAAAAAAUCAAAAACAGAGAGAGGCAGCCUGCUAACAAGAGCUCAUAAAUUUAAUAAACUCUCCCUCUUAGAAGCUCAAUGUCAGAAGGAAAGACGUGAGUUUGUUGAAGAAUUUCUGUCUUUAAAAAAAAAAAACAUUGCAUAAGCACAAGAGCAGCUUCCAUCAAACCCACUUACUCUGUAAGGGACUGAAAAUAUCGAGUUGCGUCGCCUCCUAGAGAAUUAAAAUGAGAGUCAUGAAGAAAUAUCUUUGUUAUAUACAUUUUAAAAUGGGGAUACUUAUUGUAUACCUUUACCUACUGAAUUGAGCACAUUUAUUCCUUAUCAACAACAACAAGACUCUCUACAGGUAACAAAAUGAGGUUGCAUUGUAAAACAUAAUCUAAAAAAGGUUCAAGUGAACUUGGUAGACCUCUACCAGACAGGCAGAAACCCUCAGUGGGACCAGACUGAUCAGAGGGCAGCCAUUUGCUGCACUCAGGCUGGACUAGGAAAAAACUGGUUAAAGUGAAAGACAGAGAGAACGAGUGACAGGAAGAUGUAUGGGCAUCAACAAAAUAACAACGAACAAUAAAGACCUAGCAAUAUUCUUUUUUUAUUUAUUUAUUUGUAUCACAACUCCAUGAUGCAUGAUUAUUGUAUACUCCUCUGUGAUAAUACAAUCUAACAGGCAUCCCACACAGAUCCAAUGUGACAGUGUUUUCCAAAGCCAAACAGUGAAAGAGUCAUAAAACCCAAGCUGUGAGCCUUCCACCCUCGACACCUGCAGAGCUGGUAGCACCUGCGCCAACAGCAGCCUCACACCACAGAAUCUUAAUGGAGCUUCCUCUCCUCCGUAGCUGCUGUCAAAAACACUGAGGAUUCUUCUUUUUUUGCUAUGACAGGAUAAGAACUCUUCAGAGCAAGACGCAGGACUCAGAAUGAGAUGUUUUCCAACAUGAAAAAAACAACAGCACAGAAAUAAGAUAUGUUUAAUAUAUGAAGACGAAAGUAAGAGAAAGAGCCAUCAUUGCUUAGAAGUCUGAGCGCUGCAGUUCACUCUGAGCUGCCAUACUUAGUCUGCUUUGAUUUUAAAAACACUGACCUGUCUCUUCUUAUAACCACAGUCUACUCUGGGAAAUAUGUAGUCAGAAGGUUUGUGAUGUACCAAGAGGGCAGACUCAGUCAUCCAUUGAAAGUAAUCAAAAUUUUAAAACACAUGACUAAAAAUAACCAGCACAGGGAGUGCUGGUUUGAGACCUGGGGCAGGGUGCUUUGUUUUUCUUUUCAGUAGCCAUGUUAAAAAUGACCUGGAGUAAUGUUAAGUAUGUAUCUCUAUUUUAAACAUGAGUAAAGACACAUAUCAGUACAAACAUUACGGAUGACACUUAAAGGUGCAGUGUUUCGUAAUCAGCAGGGUUAUUAUCGUUAAUUAACAUUAACGAAAUGACAAAAAGUAGAAUUGAAAAACGUUUUUGUUAACUAACUAAAUAAAAACUAAAAUUGGAAGAAAAAAAAAGAUAACUAACUGAAACUGUAUUGUGUGUUUACAAAACAAACUAAAAUGUAUUAAAAUUAAAUUAAUAAAAAUCCCUUUGUUUUCAUUUUUGUCCAUUUCGGAUUGAUAUAAAAUUGUUAUAUUUCGUUUAUAUAUGUUAAUUGAGACUGGUAUGUCAACAAGACUGUGUGAGUUGAUUGCCUUGAAAAAGUUUCACUUGAGCCAAAUUUUAAAUUACCAGGUGCUGCACGAGUAAAUAACCAUAUUGCCAAGUAUGAAAAACAAACGAGUAUUAAAACUAAUAAUUAAACUAAAACUAAUCAUUUAGGAAAAAAUAAAAACUAAUAAAACCAAACAAACCCGCUCUAAAAACUAGUUAAAACUAACUGAAUUAGAGGCAAAAGAGUCCAAAUGAAUUAAAAACUAAACCAUAAUGAAAAAUCCAAAUGUAUUAUAACCUUGGUAAUGUAACAUUCAUAAGUUUAUUGAAAUCAAUGGUUGAUCGCUGGAGUAUAGAAAAAUAGUUGUUUUGUAACUUAUCUAUAUUGCUGCACAUUUCUGCACAGUUUCUUGAAGCUAAGAAACCUUGAGGUAUUUCUUCAGUCAAAAACAACUCUAAAUCAUUGAAGAUGGGUAGAGAACAUCUCAGGUUAUGUGAUAUGUAAUCAGCAUAUUAUAUGUGUGUGUAGACUUUCUGUGUCUGAGCUAAAAAGUUAUUGAACUGGAACAACUUUUAUGGAUUACUUUUAAGGACCUAAAAAAACAACAAAUGCAAGAGUAAAAAUGAGCUCGUACUUUUAGCAUACUAGUAACAACCUUUGGUGUUGCUGCAACUUGAGGUAGCCUCCAAAAGGCCAAAGAAACCUCAUUAUAAAAUGUACAGCAAGAUCAAAUAUGUUUACAGCCAGAUUCAGAAGACUGUUUUGUUCUCUAUUCCCCAAACUACAGACAGCUGUCUUUGAAGCUGAAAAGGCAGAUUUCCUUUAUGGAGUUUGGGGCUUUUUUUCUGCAAAUUGACAAACUAUAAAAUCAUAAAAGCUACAUUAGGGCAAACACUUAAAGAUCUUCAAAAGGGAACAUUUAUGAGGAUAAUGAAAGAAAGCUUAUUAAAAUGUUAACCAUGUUAGUGUAUCAUUUGCCAAAUAAUCAAAUUAUUAUUUCAGGCCGAUUUUCAUCUCUGGGAACAAUUAACCUCGAUUGCAACUUGUAAUUUUUCUAAAGUUCGAGUCUCCUUAUCCACUGAGUCUUUCAUUUCCUUCCAAAAUGCGUUGUGUUGUUUGGCCUUUUGUGAAAAUACAAUCACAAAGGGAUGGAUUAUUAAUUUGCUCAAGCGCAAAACAUGGUUUAAUUUCCAUGGUGAGAGCUGGUGACAGCCUCAAUUGUCCUCUCUACUCUGUGUUAAGAAGGAACAUCUCAUUUUGUGUAAACUUGGGUCAUCAUAUCAACAUGAUGGUUGUGUUCCUGCCAGUGCUUGAAAGACCCCUUUAAGGUAGAACAAAGAACGAACCUUAUCUAAAAAUGGACUGCGAAACCUGUGACAAUAGAACUGUAAUGGAAACUCUUGCAAAAUGCAUCAGUCAUAGCUCCCACACUUACACACCACUCCUCUCCUUUUUGUGUUUAAUCCUCAGCAACAAGCUCCCAUCAAGAUGCUGUCACUUUCUGCCCACACUCUGUCUCUUCUCUCUUUCAUCUUUGAGCUCUACCUUCCUUCCUCCACACAUAAACUGUCUUUUUCCCUCCUUCAGACCUCCCUCCACCUCUGUGCGUCACUCCUCAGUUUUCAGUUUGUGUUUCUCCUGAUUUAAAUACAUCCAGAUCUCAGAUUCCAACUUGCAGUAUUAUUGUGGUGUAAAGUGUAAGAGGAAGACACACAAAACCUGUGUUGUAUAUAAUGUACAAGAAAAUCAAGAUCACUGCAAGAUCACAAUCAAUGCAGGUGUAGAACCGUCUGGCUCCCCAAUAACAAUAAAUUGAACAGUCAGUAACUGAUAUUGUACAUUGUAUGUGAAUAAUGUUUGCACAGUAGUAAUUAGGGGUGUACACCUCUCCUUUAUGAGACAAUCCAAUCCAAGCCUUUAUGGCCACCAAACCUCAAAGAAACUCUUACACUAGGUAAUUGAUCGGUUCAUAUCACACUUUUAAGGUAAAUGGUUAAUGGACUACUUUUACAAAGUGCUUUCUCUGGACUACUUGAAGUGCUUUUGCAUGUCACAUUCACACCGCACUCACACUUUGAUGCCAGAGGCUGCUAUGUGUAGAGCCCAACAGUUUUUGGCUAAUACUAUGGCCAGUGGAGGCAGGUGGGGUCAAGUGUGAUGUCCAAGGACAUGCAGGCGUGUGGACAGCUCAGGGAUCAAUCCCCUGUCCUUCUGAUUGGAUACGACUGACUCCCAAGGCCCAAGGAUUUCUAACUUACACAAUUAGGACUCUGUACUAGGGCUGCAGAGUCCUGGUCAACCGGUCAACUUAUUGGUCGAUGUGUGCUGAGUCGACCAAAAUUCUGAUAGGCCAACUCAAUUUUUUUCUGCGUUAAUUUACAGUCCAUGGUUAAUUUCAUCAGGAGGAACGUACCAAAUGCUUGUGUGGGGGUGUUUUCAGAGCACCCCAUUUCACAGCUAGCAGCCUGUCUCCGAACACCCCCCUUGUUUUCACCAUUUUGGAUUUACCCAACCCACUGGAGACCAAGAUAAUGGUCAAGAUUGAAGAGCGUCCACGUUUUUUAAUGUCCGGUGGUUAAUAUUUAUAUUUUAGCCUUUUGUGUUUUAUGGCCUUCUUGUGCUAAUAUCAGUAUAUUUUUCACCCACUAAGCCACGCUCCACCUAGCUGCAUCGUCCCUUGCUGCAGAAGGGUUUGUCAUCUGAUUAGUCGAUCUUUGGUCGAAAAUUUCAGGGUGCUAGUCGACCAAGAAUUUCUUUGGUUGAUUACAGCUUUACUCUGCGCAUCAAUAUAGUUAAAGUAGUUAUGAAGUAGUAAAGUGGUAAAGCAAUAGUCCGUAGUUAUGCAUAUUGCAUGAAAGACAAUGGACAUGCACAGUAGACAGUGCUAUUGUAAAUCACGUAAUGCAAAUUUCACAUUUUUGUGCACAGUAAGAGAUACAUAAUAUUCUGGUUAAAGAUACAAUACUGUAUAAUUCAUUGUUAAAAAUGUGUUUUUUGCACAUUUGGGAAGAUCCCAAAGGGUACUGUUAAAGAAAGGUACGUCCAAGUUCUAAUUUAAACACCCCAUAAAGUGCAAUGGCAUGAAAGGACACAACUAAAUCCUUAGAGAAGUUGGCAGACAAGAUGGCAGGAUAUGAGGAUGAAAAAGGAUAAAAACCUUCUCAGGACAAUGGCAUUUUUUCUGCAGAGCAUUAGUGCAAAAAGGAAGAUCUGUGUCUUUUCCUUUAAGCUGGAGCUACAGUCUGACACCCAACGUUCACCUUUGCAUCUUUCCCCUCUUUGUAAGCCCUUUUUUGAUCUAUUACUCCAUAUCACAGUCAUCUCUUGUCUCUGAACUGUUUGUAGUGUUAAAUCAUCCCGCAGAAGCGACACGAUUUACUUCAUUAAGUGUAGGCAGAGUGCACCGCUUCACUGGAGAGUAAGGGUAAGAGUCUGUCCUCAUGGGCUCUAUCAAUAACCAUUAAGGAUCUUCUCUCAUUAGACCAAACCUCAUAGGCCUCCAGGGCUUGAGAAAUGGCUCCCGCCGUCUGAUGUGAUGGAGUAGAUGGCAUCUCCGCUGUUUGGAAAUGCAAAUUGUAAUACUUAUUAUCCUCCCAGGGAUGAUGUUUGCCACCAACGAAAUGUACACACAGCCAUAUCCCCACUCAACCUAUGUGUUUAAUCAAGAAGAACCUGACUCCUCCUUUAUUAAAAACUCAAAGUUUGCUCCUAAGUACCUCCCCUUUAAAUGCUCUACUUCUCCUCCUCUUUAUAUACACACACACCUUGUAUCCAUUCAGCAUAUCCAAGCUGCUGCAGCAUGAUUAUUCAUCUGAAAAUGAGGCUGGCAGGGCUGCCGUGGCGUGAUGGGAGCGUUUCCGGAUGAUGACUUAGGAGUCCUGCAGCUUCUCUGCCAAGAGCAGGGAAUUCAGACUUAAUCAGGGCAAAGACCCCCCUCCCUCAUGUUUCUCCCAGAGAGCACCACAGGGUCGAGACCAAAACAGGAAUAGAACGAGAGAGUCAAAGUCUAGGCGAAGUCACGCACACUCUUUCUCCCUCUGUUUUUCCUCGCAGGGAGCCCGAGGUUUUCUCUCAUGAGUGAUGGGUUCAUUUUAGAGCUAUUGGAGAAACUUUUCUCUUUCACUCAGAGAGGAGACAUUAGUUAGAUUAGCUUUGUUCCAGUCUAUCAGCCCUAUCGAAACUCUUAUCUCACCCUCUCUCACACACACAAGUGCAUAAGCUGUUCCAAGUUUUCACACACUCAGGUUUCUGUCCAUCCAUCACAGAGGAGCCAAGCCAGAAAGUUAGCUCUGCAGCAGGCCUCCAGGCCCUCAGUUUGCCCCUGUCCACAGGCCAUGGUCACACCAAGGAGGAGGAGGAGAUGGCUAUGAUCAACCCUGAUCAAUAAUACAUCGGCUGCAUUAAGGCUUAUGAAUAAGUCAUGGACAGAAAGAAAGAACCAAGUUGUCAGAACACACACACACACAGCCAAGUGAUCUUUCACUCGGGCCAAAGAAGAUGAGCCGACAAAAAAAGAGAACAAAGCUCGGGUUUAAACUUGUGGUGAAUUUAUCACCCACCCUCUCACUGACAUUUUGUUGCAUGCUGAAAUCUCCACUCUGUCUUCUUAUCCUAUUCACUGCCAUUCUCUCUUUCUCCCUCUCUUUCUCUCUCUCUGCCUCAAGUAAUGGCCUUUCUCCUGCGGGUGGAAUAAAUAAGUUAUUACAUCCAUGUGUCCUUAGGCUCAGCAAAGACCUUUUGAAUAUAAAUAGUUCAUUUACCACCAUAGUGGGGCCACACGUUGUGCAAAAUAAUACACUCGUAAUUACCUCUCUUUUCUAUAUUUUUUUAUCUCAAAGAGCAGGGAGACCGUUUUGGUUGACUGAAGAUGCAACACCAAAUUGCCUUUACACAAAGAAGUCCCCGACGUUACACCCCGAACACCAUUUGCAGGGAGGUGUGUGCGCGCACCGAGCCAUUUUUGAGCACUCUGCUGACAAGAUUGAAUGAUCAGCUGGUGUAAUAGUGUAGGUAUUUGAAUACUGAGUAACACUGAUGUAGGACAGGCAAACCAAGUGGUGUGCUUGUUGCGAAUUGGGAUUGGAACUGUGUAUUUAAAUAAUUUAUGUCUUGGCUAGUGUCCCCAGAGAGUGGAAGUAACUAUACAGCUGCUAACCAUGUAUGUGAGUGUGUGGUGUGUGUGUUCACAUUCCAACAUUAUCAAUUCUUUUGGCAGUCAGUGAGUUGGCAUUUGCUGUGUGCGUGUGUGUGUGUGUGUGUGUGUGUAUGCAUAAUGCAGCUGCUGUAGUAAAAACCUGUAAGUAUUGUUUAUGACCUGACCACAGAGCAUUUUGGAGUGAAUCCAUUUCAUCUUAAAGGGCCAGCAGCACCCUUAAAAAGUUGUAUUUCUUUGUUUAUACGUUGUGUGAACAGGUGCUCAUGUAUGCACACACAUCUGCGUCUGCUUUCUGAGUCCAUGCCCUGAUGCGCGUUUGUGUUGUGAUGAUGUGCUCCAGGAGGACGUGCGAGGAAGGGAAAAGGAAGCAGCUCUUUGUUUUCUGCCAACAGAAGUAUGUCAGACAGAGAUACUCUGGGAACCACGCUCAGAAAGACUUCGCUGCCUAUUAACCGAUGUGUGGAUAUUUUCUCAGAGAUUGUUCUGCGUGGAAGCAGAGCCGGAAAACGGAGGCGGCGGAGGUGGGAGAUUGUUGAAGCAAGAGAUGGAGGGGUUUGUGUAGAGAGAGAGAGACCACAGAGUAUUACAAGAUACACAACUCAGAUAUGGCAUGAUAGAUUAUGAAAUUAUUUGCAUCACUGUGCUGAUAUUUUUGGUAUUUUUAAUAUUCUGCUCAGCCGGCUCUGUUUUCUUUACACAAACAUGUUGGGGGAAGUGUAAAGCCUUGCAUGGAGAGAUUUGAUUCCAGUAAAAAACAACGGUGACAAGUGUGAAAAUUAAGAAUAACACACUGCAGGAGGAACACACUCAAAUGUUUCUGUGUUAGCGCAGGCUUAUCCUUCUUUUCCUUUUAAAUCCACUUUUCCGUUGUAGAAACAAACAGAGAAAGCGGACUAGUACUGAUGCUGAUGAUACUCGUUCUUGUUCUUGUUUCUCAUGACCCUUAGUAGCCAAUCCAUCAUUUAAAAUGUUUGGACAUAAACAUAAACAGACUUAUUUUAAAGGUUCAGUGUGUGGAUUGUUUUUUGUUUUGAUAUCGUUUUAUGUCUUUGAUUUUAAAUGGUUUAAAUUACUCCUUUUUUUUAUUUCUUAUGUAUGUCCUUGCAUCUGUAAAGCACUUUAAAUAGCCUUGUGUAUGAAUGGUGCUGUACAAAUAAACUCACCUUGCCUAGAAAUGAGAAUACUUAGCAAUAUCCAGCAGUCAGAUUCUUGAUUAAAAUGCUCCCUCUGUUCAUAAAGCAGUGGUGGCCUCAGAGGAGAAGUAGCUCCUGCUGUGGUGCAGAGGUACAAUCCUUCCUCUAGUGCUCAAGAUUUUGCCAUCAAAAAUGUCUGUUAUUAUGAAUAAUCCUAUGCUCAACCACCACUGCUAUGAUUCUUUAUCUGUGGCCUUCUGAUGAAAACCAAAACAUGACUGUUAAGAGUUUUGUCUAUCCUGUGCUGCUGUAAAAAUAAGAUUUUCAUUUAGAUUUAGGUUAUUAUACACCAUAUUUGAACUUACUGACAGAUAUUUUAUUCCAUUUCCUCUAAGUCUGUUCUGUAGGGGUGUUCCAACAAGGGUACCUCACGAUUUAAUUCGAUUUUGAUUAUGGGAGCUUCGAUUCUUUGAUUAUAAUGACUUUCGAUUUGAUUAAUGGUGCCACGAUUCUUUGAUUAUUGCCAUUUUUAAUACUUUUUUUCCACACAAGAUUGAUUUUGUCUUCAUCUGUGGCUAUAUUUGUAAAUGAAUAGCCUUUCAAUUAACUCAGUUCCUCUAAAACGACACUCAAUAAGUAAAUAAGGUUUUUUGAACAUUUGACUUUUUUAAAGACACAAAAUAUUUGAUUUUAUGAUUCUAUGACUGUUAUGUAAACAUUUGCAUUUAGACCUACGUAACUUAAACUGGGAAGUUUGGAGACAGUCUCCAGAAUGGUCCUCUGUGUGGCGGGCAUGACCGGAGGAGCCUUCUCUGUUUCGGGAUUAAGGCGUACAAGGUGCUGUCUUACGUUUCUGGUGUUGCUGAGGUACUUUAUUUUUGAUUUGACAGUCGCGUAGGUCUUGUCAGUUGUUUUGUUUGCUCUCUCAAAUCCAAAGUACUUCCACACGGUUGCAGUCAACCCUGGUGGCGAGGGAAUUGGACGCUCUUUGGAGACUCCUGAAGCUGUUGCCAUUUUGCAAAGAAACUGACGUGCUCUGUUUGUUGUGGUCCCGCUCACUAAACAGUGCAGGUGGAGCGAGCAGUAAGAUUCCAGUUGCGUGUUUUUUUUUCUUCCAGCCUUGCGGCAAAGCAUAAAUGUUAUUAUUUAUUUUUUAAUUUAUUUUAAGCAUUCAUUAAUAAAUCAAUGUGGAAUUGUCACGUGAAUCAUCGUGACGCAUCGACGCAUGGAUGGAAUUUCACACACCUCUACUGUUGUGCUAAAUGCUGCUAGAUCCUUCACACUACACCUUUAAGCAGUAACAACAUCUUUCUUCUCUUUCCCUCCUCUUCCUAUAUAUAAACCUGUACAUCAGUAUGACCUUAAAGAUCUGAGCGAAAUAAUCCUGUCUUUGUCUGUUAUUGAAAUUCACAAAUCUAAAUAUAAACUCUUUGCCAAAGGUCACAGAGGCGAUUGUUUUCAAAGAAACAUUUGAGUGGUGAAAUUAGAUGGCACAGCUCUCAAGUGCAGCGACUCUUUAUUGAAUUAAACAGCAUGCAGAAAAAAAUGUGUGUGUGUUUGUGUGUGAGUUUGAACAAACAUGCUGACAUAAGUCUUCUGAAAAUAGAUGUGCUUUAGAUGUGGAAGGAAAAUAUCACAAUAAAACAGAUGGAUGGAGGUAUGUGACAAGUUUGCAGAAGAGUUUCGCUGCACAGGGAGGAGCAGUCCUCCAUCACCCUCGUGACACCGUCCAAUUAGAGCGUAUGAUGAGUGCAGACCGUCUCCAGUGAAAUUAAAUCUAUCAGCCAGGCUCGGAUUGCUACAGGUCCCUGCGAUUUAGCUCUCACUUUGUCUCUGUCAGUGCAGAGCUGCUAAUAUAAAACCGACAGUAUGGAUGAUUUCUACUUAAGGCACAGCUUGAUUGAAGCUGAUUACAUUUCACAAGGGCUUAUUAUACUUCCAUAAUAGUGGAGGGGGGUGAUUGAGCAGCUGUGUGCAGGUGUUGCAAAAAAAAGGGGCAGAAAAAGAGAGCUGAUUUGUCUCAAUUAUUAUUUUUUUUUCUUUUGCAGGCUGCCUGAGCCGAGAGCAAACCCCGUGGACCCUCGAGAUUUUGAAGACAAUGAUUCUGGACCAUCUAUGGACCACGCCCCCUGAUAACCAGCACACCAGCCUCCUUACCAUCCACCUGUCCUUUAGAGUUUGUCUCUGUCAGCUGUCAGCCUGGUCCUCUCUCUGUCAGCCAUCUCCCUUUUCCUCCUCUCCCCUCCCCUCCUCCCCCCCGUCAAGCCUGCUGGCGGUGAACUGACCUUGAAGAAAGGCUGCUGUGACAAAUAUGGAUGGUCGCCCUCUUUCUGCUCUCCAACUUUUUUCUUUUUUUUUUGUAAAGAAAUUUCUCGCUGGCUUCUAACUUUCUUUAAUUGAAGUGAGCGAAGUUGUGUGCAAUCAAUUACCAUCAGGCUCAAUUUCCACAGCCAGUCACAUCCUUGGCUUUCUGGUAAGCCUGGCUGACUCAGACCCACAAUGAGCCAUGUGGAGCAUCUGUUAAGCCCAACAGAUGUCAGAAAUUGGAAAACUCUGCAACACUUCAUUUACUCCCAGAAUCAUUUUUUUUUCGUCUCUGUCUGCUUGACGAGCAUUUGGGACUGUUUAAAGGGAAUGUAUUUUAAACCACAAUGCCUUACAAUAUCAAAAGAUUUAUACAGAUUUCUUGAGUGUUGUAUUUUUAUUGUAAAAAAAAAAAGAAAUGUAAUUUUUUAGCCUGUCUUCUUUAAAGAUGUCUCUUGUGCUGCCCAUCAUCUUGUUGCCUUCCCCUCGACUUUCCCCUGGCCUACCUGCUGAUUUCUUGCGCUUGUAGACUUCAGCACACUUCCUCAUGUGCUUGUCAGAUCUAUUAUCAGAAGCGGGGGACAUUUUGACACCUAUUGAUUUCAUGAAUGCUCCUGAAUCUUUGUUAGGUAAGAAAUCGAACUGUAAUUUGACUGUGCAAAAUAGCACACCCGCAGUAUCAGCUUUCUAUGUACUAUAAUGUAAAGGCUCAUUACUCCUAGCCAAUCUGCAGGGUAUGACGAAUUACAGACCAGUGUGUGUAUGUGUGUGUGUGUGUGUGUGUGUGUAUGGGCACUUUUUACCUUGGCUGGCUAAGCUAUAACUAUCCCUCACCUCUGCACAUCAGCCUGUAUCAGCAGUUUGUUUUUAAUGUGACUUAUUCCAUUGCCUUAAAUUUGGAUUUGAAAGCAAUGUCACCCAUAAUAUGUGUGGCAUGUUUGACAACAACAUGAUUUCACAGCUGCUGCACUGCACUAAGAUGCACUGAGAGUUGUAUGCACACCCAAGGGAAAUGUUGGACUGUCAGCAGCCUCUUGAAACGACUCCAACAGCUCUUUUUUUUUCUAGAGAAACAAAAGACGAGAGUGUGGCUGUCUGAUGUUCACCCUUGUUUUUAUUUGUCUAUUUUUGUCUUAAACCUAUAAAUAAAAAGCCUCUUUUUAGAUUGGAUGUUGACGGUGACAUUUAAUUUACAUUUAAGAGCUUUUCCGGCUUUUUUUUUUUCUGUCUAUUUUCUUUUGUGAAACCCAACCACAAAAAAAAAAAAAAGUCAUACAAAGCACUAUUUGAAGAUAAAGUUUACAAGUAUGUGAGGAUGACUGGGAAAAACAAGACGUGCUUUAAAGGAGACACAUUUCACUCAUUUUCACCCCUUUGAUUAAAGCAGUUAAAGGGAUGUUCCAGUGUAAAUUUAAGUUAUGAUCAAGUCAAGUACAAGUGGACCCCCCCAAGUGCAGCGAAUCAUUUUAAUGAAGUAACAAUCAUCAUAAUGAUCAUUUUAUACUGCAGACACAGUAGUUCUUCUGCCUCAGCGUCUCAGUCUGAUUGCAUUUCCGUGAAGUAAUAAUCAUAAAUGUUCUUCCUUGAGCUGCGAAACUCCACUGCAGUCAGUGAUGGACUUGUCCGAGGUCUCCCUACAAACAAGCGGCUUCUGGAAGAGAGUAGGUGAGUUGUGUUUAGUCUCUUUGCUAAAGAAACCAGGCAAAGCUAAAAAGAUGUUUGAUGGCUAGUACUAUGGCUGGGACCCUAUAUGUACCGUUGAUGAAAUUAGGUGCUGUUCUGAGCAUUAUUGUGGCUAUAGAGUGGCUUUUUGGUUGAGGUUUGCGCGUGGAGAGGUAGACCGUUGUGUAUUGCUAUAGUGCAGUCGUUACUAAAGUUGGUAGAAACUAGAAAAGCAAGCAAUCGUCUACAUUCAUCUCUUGAGGAGGUGUCUAACUCUGUGUUGAGGUGUAAUUAAACAGAACUUAAAUUUACGCCAGAAUAUCCCUUUAAGGACAGCUUUAAAGCAGUUUUGCAUGAGUUGCAGCUCAGAUUAAUUAGUUAUUUAGCUGAUACUGGUGCUUGUGGGUGUUACUUUACACACAGCUUUGUGGUCAUUAAACAACACCAGAGGUAUGCCUAGACACUUUGCUGUCUAUUUAGCCCUAAUAUGAUGUGUUUGCUAUUGCUACAUUACCUGUCGUUAAAAUCAGCCAAUUCACAACAGAGUUAUCUCAAGAUGCUUAACAAAAAACCUGGCCUCAACCAUACCCUACUUACAAGGACCCAGUGUAAAGAUGGGGUAAGAUUGAACCCUUGUGAGAUCAGACCCGCUACCAGCCCAUUGUCACCCAUGAGUGUAACACUUUGAUAAAAUGACCUUAGUUUGAUUUAUUGAAGAGUAAAGUCAGCAGUGAUAGCAUUUGUAUUGAUGAAGUUAAAGUAGGUAAUGGGGUUUGAAAUAAGAACAAUUGAAAAAUACAGUUAACAUUAGCUUUAUAACUGAUAGAAAUGGAGAGACUGAUGCUAAUAAAUCAAUAUUAGCUCAGUAACAGUGUUGAAAAUGGUGGGACUGAUGCAUGUGGUUGUAGCUGUGGGCAGGUCCAUGACAGCAGCGAUCCAGAGGAACUUAUCGCAUGAUGGAGCUCAGGAACUCGCUGAAAAGACUGUUUUAGUGACUGUAAUGGGACAUAAUGAUUCAAAGUUAAUGACACAGGCAGAAAGAAUAUAAGGAAGGAGAGAAAGGUGCUCAAUGUGCCAGUACCCCAGCAGUCUAAACCUAUAGCAGCAUAACUAAGAGCUGGCCAACACCUGAACCAGCACUAACUAUAAUUUUACUUACAGCAUGUGGUUCUGAGGUUUUUAUAGAUGGAACAGUCCCUGGUUUUAAUAGCAGUAGAAAUGCAAGUCCAGCUUUUGCUAGUCUUUAUAUGAAAAGGCAUAACCAGCAAAGAGGAGAAAGAGAAAAGAAAAUACAUUUGGUGAUUACACAAACAUCUGGGUGUUUGUUAUGAUAGUGAAACUUGGCCAGGGUUUGGUACUGUAAAACCAUUUGUGUUACAAUAGGUCUGCUUUACAGAAAAACAAGGGAUAGUUUUCCAGUUUUCCCCUAUCAAAAUUCAAAGCAGCAAAGCUAUUCCAGAUAGGACUGGGAAUUGGAGAUUUGUGAACAAAAGGAGCAGCAGAGCUCUUCAGGGUCUCCACUGCUCCACAGAUGCAUUAAAAUGCAGACUGGUUUCAUGCCUACACACCCAGACAAGCCAGAACCUACUUUCAUCAAGUCAAAGCCUAAAUCCCAAAGCCC